AUGUUUGGUUUUGUGUGUGUGACCCCCUUUCUUUUUCCAUUUGGCCAGAUUCUGCUUGACAGGGGUGAAGCCGGAAGGGCAAGGCAAAAGAACAAGAGCUUAGGGUAUAUGAAGCACUGUGGGUCGGGGUUUUUUGGGGGGGGGGGUUGUUUUUGUUUUAAAGAAAGAGACAGAAAAGGGUUUGCGUGUUAUCUUUGGGAGGGGGGGUAAAAGGCUUUUGUGCCUUGUGCCGUUCUGAAAACCCACGCACCCUUUUCACCUUUUAUUUUAUUAUUUUAAAAGGGGGGGGGGAGCUGGUGGUGGUGAGUUGGGUUGCUAGGGAGUGGAGGUGAUGGUGACAGAACAGUCUGAUUAUGCAAGUUGAUCAGCGGCUGUAUUUAUAUAUAGCUUCAUCCAGGCAGGCAACUAUAUUCUGUCCACAUCAAGUCUAAUCUGUAAUAGCUACAGGGUGUCUGUUUCUGUUUCUGGCGAGGAGGGGGAUUGCCCGAAGGGUAGGCUGCUUCACGAAAGAGCGAUGGAGAAGAUUUCAACUUGCUUGCUCGUUAAAUAGAGAUCCGGCAAACAUGCAAUGGAAUAUUCUCCCGUCAGUCCCGUUUCAUGACUCUUCCUCCCCCCUGCCCCUUUUGGUCCUCCGUCUCCCAAUAGAUGUGCAAAUCCAGGCUGAAAAAGGGACACUUUGGUUUUUUAAUUUGUUGUUGCUGCUGCUGCUGCUGCCUGCUGCUGCUGCUGUGUUGUCUAACCCUGGCUUCCUGUAAUUCACUGCAGGCAGAACAAAGCUCUGUCACAACUGUGCUUCCUGGCUGUCGCCUCCGCCUGUGAGCAGCUGAACAGUUCGCCUCCUUGAUAUCAUCAUGCAGAAAAGGAUGAGCGAGACGCAAUGAGAGAUACAGGUAAUGCCGCCGAAAAUACGUUCCGGAUCUGUUGCUGCGUUAAUGCUGCUAUCUCUGGAGCAACGCCAUGCGCCGAGAUCUUGUUGAACUCUGUGUCUGUGGUUGCAUCACCGCUGAUUUUUAACUGAGCUAUGCUGAGCCCUACAGUUCAUUAACACAUACCGUAAAACGAAGGUGGAGUAGAGACUGGUCUCUCUUCCUCUUAAAAUGCCUCUCAAAAGAGGCAAACGUUCAGCAGUCUGAUGGGCUGCUUUCCUUCCCCCCUGAAGCUCUUUUGCUUUGACAAUGGCAAAGAAAUGAAGGCAACUUGAAAUCUCUCUUCCUUGUCCAUCUAUUUAUGGAAACAAAAUUCUGGUUUUGUUAAAAUCGGGGAGGGCGGGUGGAGAGAGGAUAUACUUUGUCUCAUUAGGAAAGGUUGCUGAGAGAAAGCAAACCGGAUUUUAAAAGGUAAACGGAUGGCUCUCGCUGUGGUGUUUUGUUCCAACAGGCAAUUUCACCGAAGUGACUUUCUUUGGAAACAAUUCAAUCUUUUGCUGGAAUAGGCUUGAAAAUUGGUAAAAAAUUUGAAUGCAGCAAAGUUGGGGUGGGGAAAUGCAAGGGGUGUGUUUGGCCAAUAUGUGGUAAAGGAAAUACAACAAAGAAAGCUGAGCUUUUAUUUGUUAAUUAAGCUGUCGAGCCUUUGAAUUAACAAACGCGUUUCAUUAUUGCCUUGGCAAAUUAUUUAUGAUUUGUUGUUUCUCUUUGUCCUUCCUCAAACCGACGGUUCCAGGUUUGAAGAAUCUUGCUCAUGCCUUUUGAAUUAUCCCCUUGGCAUGAUUCUAUAACAUACAUAUUUUUAAAUCUGCAGGCUUCACUAUGUAUACAGGUCUUCUGCAACCUUUGUACCUAGGUUGAGGUCACAGUCCCCUCCAAGGGAUUAUCACCAGAUCUCCUCUCGCUGGUUUUCUUUAAGUACCAUUCUUGUCAUUGUGCUUCUGCACUCACUGAAUCUUGUAUUGGUAUUUUUUUUUAAUUACUGCUCUCUGUUAGGAACUUUUUGUGGGGAGAAAUGAGGAGUCUUGCAACAUUUUUAUUAAAAGAAAUAAAUGUACCAUUAAUAAGAUUGCAACCAGAACCUGGAUCUAUGCGAAACAAACAAAUAAGAAGGGGGGGGGGACGACCAAGUCCACCCUCCCCCACUCCUCUUAUGCUCCUUUCCCACCUUGUGCCUUCAUUUGCAAUAAAAUUAAAGAACUCGGGGGAGAGCUUAGCUAAGUGGAUAAUUUGUAACAGCUGCCGCUUUUCCAAGGUGACAUUUCUACAGCUGUCAAGGAAAGCAGAGAGAGAGAGAGAAAACUUUGGGUGCAGUCUGUAAUGCGCUGCUCCUACAUAAUCAGCAUUUAAAUAACUACGACUUGCAUGGGACCUGUUCUUAGUGGAUAAUAUGGCCCAGACAGGAAUGUGUUCAGGGGAAAAUAUGGAGGUAGUUCGUGCAAUGACCUCUCUGAAAACCAGUAGCCUUGUGCUCUGGGAAUGUGUUGGUUGUCCAAAACUUGGUGUGAAUGUUCACAUCUCAGUGGCAACAAUCUCAAAUGAAUUUUGUGAAUGUCUGAAAGCAGUCUUAUUUUCCUAUUUUUCCCCGGUUAUCACUAGUGAAUCCUGACCAGCUCAGCCGGGCGACUGGCAGCAUUUCCUGGUGUGUCUCCGGGUUCUCUGAAUAGUCAUGAGGCCCGUGGAGAGUUCACUAAAUUGUAAAAACUCACAUAAUGCAGAGAUGAAACCCCGUACUGAAAACGGUUGCUUUUCACAGUCCAUGACGUGAUUUCCAUUAACUUUAAUGGGAUUAAAGGUCAUCAAAGCACACAAUGCAGCAACCUAGCUGAAGCUAACGCAGUUCUGGAUCUGGUGAACGCCUGGAUGGGACACCACCUAGGAGCUUUGUGCAUGAGCUUGCUAGAAGAAAGGUGCAAGAGAAAUAUUAGAGUAAGAGCUUCUGUAAUUUAGUGUGAGUGCAUAAGUUGUAGUCUACGUUUGCAUGUGAUGCUAAGCCAUAGAUGAGCCGCAGCAGAGGUGGUUUUAGAGUGGGGCAACCAGGGCAGCCAUACUGCAGGGGGCACCACAACAACUUUGUAGAACGGAACUUGAGAGGUGGUAUGUGUGUAUGUGCCAAAUUGUAGUGUUUCACAGGGCCCUGCCAAAAUUUGAGAGCCCAAAGUCUGCCACUGACCACAGUGAACCUUUGGCUCACACUCCUCCUCCUCUUGAGGAGCUUUCACUUGAACCACAGUUGAACGCUAUGUCUGUCAAUGUUGAUCUUCCAGUUCCUGAAACAAGCCAGCCGUUUUAAACUUUGGCUUGAAGUUGGCUUGUUUCAGUGAGCCAUUCUUAUCUGGGUGUGCAUGUCACAGCAAGCUGUGGUUAAUCUGAGGGAGAGAUCUUCUGAACUCCCUCUCUGGAGGUCCAGUAGAGUGGCCAAGGGCAGGGAAGGCAUGCAACCGGGAAUGUGCUGGUGCUCAGAGAGGAGUUGGCAGCCUCUCCGGUCUGUACUUCUGCCGUGGUUGGAUUAUAUCGUAAGCCAAGUCUUGAUGGUGGCGUGAGAGUGAAAAAGACCAGAUAGCAGACGUGGUGGCUGUGAGCUCCAUGGAAUCAUGGCAACCCCUUAUUUGGCUUACUGUAAUGUGCAACCAAGGCCUAAGCGUAAAUGAGGCCGUAGCCUGUUUUCUGACUCUGUACUAACUUGAUUUCAACAUUUUUAGACUCGCUGUGGCUUAACUGUCCCCCAGAUGUAAGAAACUUUGCUUGCACAACUCACAGGUUUUGAGCGAGGACGGAAGUCACUUGGGCACCUACAUAAUUUCUGUUUCAGUCCUGUUUCAUCACCUGUCUAAAACUUGAAAUGUAUGCUGGGCUCUUUUGUUGUCCGGACCACAUGCGUUGUGUGUGUGUGUGUGUGUGUGUGGGCAGUCCGAACUGUUUGUUAUGGGGCUGAAAAUGUUUGUUAUGGGGUUGGAGCUGUUUGUUAUGUGGCAAACACAGGUUUCCCAACUUUGGGUUUGCCUCGUGAUGCCAAUGCAGGGCAGGGAAAUUUUUCAGGAGAGGAUUAGCAGGUGGGAAGGAGUUCUUGUGAUUCCACCCUACCAGUUCUCCUCAGCAAGUUCCCCCUGGGGUCAGUUUACUUUUUUGCCUCCCUCCCUGUCUGUGCGACUCUGCACAGCUUGCUGAUCUGGGUGUGCUUUUUGACUGGAAAAAGAGGCAAGGCUUGAGCAGUGAUACCAGCAGCCACCUCUGGGCCUGGCAGUUCUGCUCUCUAUAUUGAGUAUGACUGAAUGGUCCAUUCAGCCACAAAAAGGAAGUUGAACCAUUCAGUCCAACAUAAGCUGAGGGGAAGCAGGCAACACAACAGCAGUGAACCAUUCAGAAAUGUUGUGGGCUUUGGGCUUCCAGAAACUUCUAUUUCUUGUGUUGUGCUAGGAGUUCUCUUGUAGGGUACUCUAGCACAGAGUUUUGGAAUUACGUAUACAGAUACUUGUGCCUUCUCUCCCUUUCAUUCUGUCCCCAAAUUUGUGAGCAGUGUUUACACUAGAUGUUGCAAAGAAAUGAUGUGCUCGUGGACAAUGGAGACAUGCAACAACUUGGGAAGAUUUCCAGGGAGUAGUCUUGGCAAAGUUGGUGACCCCACAUGGCUGCUUGGUUUCUGAAACAUACCAUACUUCAGAGUUCCUGUUAGUUCAGAGUAUUUGCUCUUACGGGUAAAAGUCUACCUCAGAUUGUGGCAAGUAGCUGAGUUUGGAGAUUUUUGUCUCUCUCUUUUUCGUGCAUGCAAAUCCUACAGUCUGCAAAAACUCUGUGACUGGUUUUGAUCCCAGACUGCUCGUCUAACAGGAGGCUUUGAAACCCUUUUGCACCGUCCAUCAAAGGAAACGUCAUGAAGUGAAAUGCAUGUAAACCUCCGACUGAAAAGCUCCGACUUCUUAAACUAAUUAUGUAGAAAGAGAUUUUAAAAGAUGAGUGAUGUUUUCCAAGUAUUAGCUACUGUGACUCGUCUGCAGAGCUGACCUCUUUCAAAUAAUCUCUCACGGUGUAGAGCUUGGUACAUACCGCGCUAAUCCUCUGGGGUAACAAUUGUACCCUGUACAAGUAGACUGACUGACAUUUUAUACAGUCUUAAGACGGAAAGUGUUGGGGAACGAGCAAAGUUGAAACGGGGAAAAUAUUUCACAGUAGCCAAAGCCUUCCGACUAAUUUGGAGUUGCUGCCUCACUAGAGUACCUUAAAGUAUGGUGGGUUUUUUUAAAAUGCCAGCGAGGCACAGAGGUAGGAGUGAGGGCAAAGAAGAAGGAAGCUGUGAUGAGAUGGAGGACUGGGUUUUCAAAGGCACAGUUGAGAAGUUGCAGAACAAAUUUGGAGGAAGUGCGGAACAAUUUCUCGCAGACUUUGCAGGCAACAGGAGUUACUGCUUGCAAAGUGGGAGACGCAAGAGUGGGUACCUUUGCCUUUGCUAUGUAUGGUGAUUAUAUAUAUAUAUAUUAAUCACUUUUUGUUUGCUGCUAUAAAGGUGGGAUAUAAGUAAACCCUAAGUGAAAACGAUGUGUUUGUUUGAAGACCAUUACCCGUAGAGGAUUCUUCUGCAGAUUAGGCUGGACUGGUUUAUUUAUUUUUUUAAAGCAAGACAAUUUAAACCAUUAAUUUAGGCUUCAAUCCUACACAUAUUGGGAGCAGUUGAAUAAAUUGUUGACUUAAACUGAGUAAACCUUCACGGAAUGGGCUGCAAUAUCACAACCGAGUUUUGAAGUGUGAUUUUGCAUUUGUGUAAAAACGAGCCGUGGAGAAAACUUUGAUUCAGGUUUAACAUCUGCUUAACUCUCUUGAACAAGUUUGCAUAAAAAACCUUUUAAUUUGAACUAGUUUGUUGUUUUUUAAAAAGACUAUUUUUAAAAAUCAGUUUUAAAACUUUAUUAUUAUUAUUAAAGUUAAUACUUUUGAAGUUUUUAAGCUUAAAAAUGUGAUUGAUUUUUAUCCAUCUAUGAAACACAAGCUGUGGUUCAAAUUUUGUAUGGUUGGAAUGUCCUCUUGUCAAACCUCAGAGCUGUUCCUACCCAUAAUAACUUAUUAUGCUGUUCUUGAAUAACACCAGCAGGCCACUUCAAGGAAGUUCUCUUCAAACGCUGAAACGUUGACUCAUCCUGAAAGUAAAAAUUAAUUGCAAGGUACAAAAGUUGCCUCAGUGAAGAAAGAACAUUUGCAAGUGAUAGCUCAGGGGGCGAUAGCUUAGUUAUUUCUCGGUCACAAUUUUCACAGCAAGCUCUUUUCUUUUUACAUCAGGUUAAGUGCAAAUCAUAUUUCCGACGUACAGGCUGUGAGUGCUGCUUAUUAUGUAGCCGAAAGGGCACACUGCUUAUACACAAGAGAGAUGUACAGACUGGCUUAGGGAAGCCUAAGUUUGCAGAACUACCAAAAAAACCCACCCACGUUUUGGUGAAAACCUCAAGGGGGAGAUCCGAAAACAGGGGCUUGAGUGUAUUCAGCGACUGCAGAAUAUUGGCGGGCAGAAUGGAUUGGAGUGUAUUCUAUGUCUGCCCUAGGAAGGCAUGGCUGGCUGAAGCACAGAACAGCAGGCCUGCACAGCUGCAAUGUUGAAAAUUUCGGGAGCACAGAAGAUGUUGACCAACGCAAUGUUUUGGGCGGCAGUGACCACUUGGAAGUUUGCACUUCCAGUUUUUCGUGUUUGUGGUCGCCCGUUGCUCAGGGGCCCGUUCUGUAAACAGAACUUAAAUGUUGUGACAGAGUGGAGGGAUGCUGCAUACAAACUCUAAAAUUAUAUAAGGUCAUGCCUGCAUUUUCAGAUUCUGAUAAGAUGACUUUGCAUUCUUAAUGCUAAACUGUUGGACUGUGCCAGGCUGACAAGCAGCCACUCUUCCGGGUUGACUAUUAUGGGUAAGAAUUGCUCAUAGGCAAUCAGGAGGGGAAGCUCUUGUAAAUUGGGAGAGAGUCGGUCCUUUUUUUCUCCCCUUCCAGAAGGUCAGAUUGACACUGAUGCAUGUGUGGGCAAGUAGGGUAGAUAACUCUUUUGUUGAGAGAGUAUCUUUAUGGGGCGACUAUUUUGGGGCUGAUCUUAAACAUAUACCGCUGUAGGCAGAGACUCAUGUGCCUGAAUGCUGUCUGCAUGUGGAGGAAAAUAAAUAUUAUAUAUAUACCUACACACAGAAAACAAAUUGUAUUGGAGAGAACAUCCUAGUCUUAUCCAUGUAGAGAUCUUUUUAUAUCUAUAUAGGGGAGAUUUCUAUAAUCCAGUGGUGUCCAAACAUUUUUCAAAGAGGGCCAGAAUUGAUGAAGUGAAGGGCCAUGAGGGCCGACUGAAGGGACUACCAGAGUUGUUAACCUUUUUUUAGGAUUGAAGUUGUUGAGCUUUUCUUAUGAUUUUACCCCAAAGUUGUUGAGGUUUUUUUAGGGUUGAAGUUGUUUUUAGAAUUUUACUCCAGGAAAUAAACUUACACAGGGACUGGAUUAAACUGACCGGUGGGCCGGGUUAGGCCCCAAAACAGACUAAUCUGAUCCUUGACCUUUGGUCCUCCAGAUGUUGCUGAACUACAACUCUCAUCAACCAAUGGCCAGCACCAUAUGCAAUGCUAGAGGUUCCCCAAACCAGAUGUGGUACAGUCCAAUGUUCCCCAUUGAGAUUUUUGGCUGGGUGAGCUUUGGAACCUGUGUCUCCACUCUAACCAUUAUACCACUGCAAGUUUUUGGUUUUUUUAAUCUGGACAGUAAGGAUGGGUUCUUUGACUGCUCUGCCGUUAAGAAAUUCUUUCCCACUGAACAGAGCCAGAAUAUAUUCCAGAACUGAUACCAGGCAUUUUGGUUGGCAUUUGGUGAAUGUUGGCUUGUUGCUUCUACAUUUAUGCUUCCAACUUUUAAAGCUACAGUGGUACCUCGAUAUACGAACUUAAUCCGUUCCGGAAGUCUGGUCCUAAACCAAAGUUGUUCUUAAACCGAGGCACACUUUCCCUAAUGAGGCCUCCCGCUGCCAGUGCCCUUCUACCGUUCGGCUCCCGUUCAUAGACCGAGGUAAAAUUCGCUAACCAGAACACUACUUCCGGUUUUGCGGAGUUCUUAUACUGAAUAGUUCAUAAGGGCUGUUCUUAAACCGAGGUACCACUGUAUUUUUUAUUUUGUUUUGCUUAUGUAGGUGAGAAUGCAUCUUUCUGUAAGUUAGCUGAUUUUAAAAUUCUUAUAUGAUUUUUAUUGCAUUAUGUAGAACUGUUGUAAAACAUAGAUAGAUAGAUAUCAAUAUAGAUCUAUAAACAUGAUUACAAUACGUAAAAUAAUAUCUAGUGAACCAGAUUUGGUCAUAUGCCACUGAUUGGUGAUUGGUACCCUGGAGAUUGAUAACAAAUGGUUUCAGGGGGGUUAAUAUACCUCUGUGCCUUACUUUGCUCGUCUUCCUGGUCAUGCUUGGUCUGACAACUAUGCACACAAGAGAAGUGAGCAUGGGAUAAAUAUGUGUGGAAUGGAGGUGGGGACUGCAUUUCCACGGAUUGGAUGGAGCUGCUCAGCUCUCCUGCUUGCUCCCACUUCAGAGGACACACAGGACUCAGCUAUACAGCUGCAAACAAAAUGUUUUAAUUGUGUUGUAAAGCGCAUUAUACGAAUGCGACACUAGAUGUCGAUGGUGAGCUAUGGCAAAUUCCAUAUAUUUUUCAAUUUAUUUUUUUUUAAAGCAUUUUUACAACUUUUUUUUAUACAUGUCUAGAUUCCAGCAUAGAGUGAGCUGAUGGUACAAUGUCUAGAAAGAGAGGGAAAUGUGGAAGGACUGAAGCAGGGAAAAUUAAGGAAAGGAUAAGGGAACAGGGCUAGAACUCCUGCUUUCCCCAAGCAACCUAUUCCACUCUGUGAAAUGUCAUGUGGGCAGUAUCUAGUUUUAUACAUUGAUCAUCCCAAAAGCAGUGAUAGUGCAGUUCUGCUGGCACAGUGGCAAUUCCACUUACUGUUCUACCCCCCUCUUGCACAUUCCCCAAAUCUUAUUCAGUGGUUUCUCACCAUUGGAAUAUUAAUAAUAUUUUUUAAAUUUAUAUCCCGCUCAUCUGGCUGGGUCUCCCCAGCCACUUUGGCCAGCUUACAACAUGUACAAAAACACUACAAAACAUCAAAAUAUCAUACAUAAGCAACAAAGACCAAUAAAUCAAUAAAAAUCAAUAACAAAAACAACCAAAAUACAAAUAACAAUAAUAACAACAAUACUCAAAUUAAAAUAACUGCCAGUUCCAACUAAACAUUUAACCAACACCGACCCGACAAAAACAAACCAGAGGAACCAAAAUUGGAAUCGUUUAAAACAUUUAAAACAUUUUAGCUAGUUGUCCCAACCCAGCAAUGUCCCAGUGGCCUUCCAGGAGCCCCUUUUAGCUGUUCAAGGUGAGUCUGAGCCCCGCCCCAAGUCAGGUGGAAAUGGGCCUUGCAGCAGGGAGCAGGUCUUCCUUCCAGCAUUCACGGCAGCAGCAAUGUCGCCCUCAGCUUCCCAGGAGCCUUUGGAAAGGCGUGUGUGGAGCUGCAGAAGAGAGACAGAGAAAGUUCUGUUUUCGUGAGCACAUGCGCCUUGCGCUAGCAGAAUGAGAUCUUUGGAUAGCACCUCAAGUCCUCCAUCUCAUUCCUUCUGCUCAGUCUACCUCUGGCGACUUGAUGCCUCUUUUCAAAUUCAAAUGGUUGGGAUAAUGGCAGAGCUCAUGGUGAGAACAUUAACACCCACCAGAUCUCUGCCCCCAUCUGUAUGAUCUAUGUUGUAAUUUUAGUUAUAGGGCAUUUGUCUUUGUAAAUACCACAUCAGAGAAGCUGCCCUGAGAGAACUUAGGCCAAGGCAGUCUUGCACAUUGUUAGCUAUUCAAAGACCAUUUUCAUGUACAAACUGUUAAGACCAUUUUGUUAUUCAGGGACAUUUUUACUUAUGUAUCCGUUGCCUUAACGCUGUCUGUUUUGCAGCAUUGACUUGAGCACUCUCUGGCUCCCCUGGGUCAUGGGGUAAUUUUUCUGUGUGCAGUCUCCUGCAGAGCUAGAAGGAUGAAGGGUAAGCUGAAGUUUUGACUUCUACAAGUUUUACAUUAAAAAAGGAAACUCAGUUAUGUGUAAUAUUGGAAGGACAGGCCUGUGUGUCUGGUAAAGGUAAAGGGACUCCUGACCAUUAGGUCCAGUCAUGGCCGACUCUGGGGUUGCGGCGCUCAUCUCGCUUUAUUGGCCGAGGGAGCUGGCGUACAGCUUCCGGGUCAUGUGGCUAGCUUGACUAAGCCGCUUCUGGCGAACCAGAGCAGCGCACGGAAAUGCUGUUUACCUUCCCGCCGGAGCGGUACCUAUUUAUCUACUUGUACUUUGACGUGCUUUGAACUGCUAGGUUGGCAGGAGCAGGGACUGAGCAACGGGAGCUCAUCCCGUCGCAGGGAUUCGAACUGCCGACCUUCUGAUCAGCAAGCCCUAGGCUCUGUGGUUUAACCCACAGCGCCACCCGCGUCCCUGUGUGUCUGGUGCAGUAUGAUAAAAGCUAUAGGUGGCAACAACAAGAGACAUACCCUCAGUUUAAAUUAAUGGACCUAAGCCGGUCAUGCCGAUGAAAUAUCAAUGGGUCUACUCUGUGUAGGUCUAACAUUGGCUACAGUUCUCUCUUUCCACCCCCUUGUCUGAAUACCUGCAUUCUAAGUAGGACCUGGUUUUUCUAAUGUGUAAUCCGCUGGGUAAUUUCUGAACAGCAACUGAUUUUUAUUUCCAGAAACUGAUUUUUAUUUCCAGAGAGUCUUGCGUGUUACUGUUUGGUACAUACCCCACCAACCCUCCAUUAGCAACUAAAACAAGAGAGCAGGUUUCUGUAGCUGUGAAUUGGGUAGAGGCUGGCAAAUUAGCACAGAUGAUCCUGUCUGGCAACUCUCCCAAAACCCUUGGCCCGCCAGUUAAUUUGCUUUUUAAUACCUAACAAACAUGUACUGAAAAUUAAUGCUAGGCCUAGCCAGAACACCUGUAGGCAUUUCUGUAGCACAAGGCUAGAAAUUUGUGCGGUCUUGAGCUUACUGAUAAUGAGAACCUGCAGCAGCUGAUCUGCUUCAACCUGCAGUAGAGAGAGAAUAAUUCAACAUUUUAAGUAACUGAGUGGAGAAGGAAGCCUUAAAAGCAGUAGCCUCGAGAAAUAUGUGUUUGCUGGGAUGCUUGAAGCCCGAGUCACAGUUUUGUGUUGUCCGAUACACUGUGUAUGCUUUACUCGUACUUCAUUAUAGGUCAAACACAAGUGUCAUAGAAUCAUGGAAUUGUAGAGUUGGAAGGGACCUUGAGGGUCAUCUAGUCCAACCCCCCCUGCAAUGCAGGAAUCUCAGCUAAAGCAUCCAUGACAGAUGGCCACCCAACCUCUUGCUUAAAAGCCUCCAAGGAAGGAGAGUCCACAACCUCUCCACUGUUUAUUCCAUUGUCGAACAGCUCUUACUGCAAGAAAGUUGUUCCUGAUGUUUAGUCAGAAACUCCUUUCUUGUAACUUGAAGCCAUUGGUUCAAAUCCUUCCCUCCAGAGCAGGAGAAUACAAGCUUGUCCCCCUCUUCCACGCUCCCCUUGAUAUCAGGGAGUCAAAUAAUUAUUUAGCAAUAUCAACUUCUAGCCUUGGGUCUGGUGUGAUGGUUGCUGCAGUGUGACAGAAAAAUGUUGUGCCGGACUGGCUUGACACACGGAAGUCUGGUCCUGUUCCAGUUUGUGCAGGGAGGUUGAAGAUUCCUGUUGUGGUGUGGAAGGUAGAACAAGUUUGGAUUUGGAUUUGAUAUUCCGCUUUAUCACUACCCGAAGGAGUCUCAAAGCGGCUAACAUUCUCCUUUCCCUUCCUCCCCCACAACAAACACUCUGUGAGGUGAGUGAGGCUGAGAGACUUCAGAGAAGUGUGACUAGCCCAAGGUCACCCAGCAGCUGCAUGUGGAGGAGCAGGAAAGCGAACCCGGUUCACCAGAUUACGAGACUACCGCUCUUAACCACUACACCACACUGGCUCAAUUCACCCAAUCUGUUUAGUAGGCCAGUGUAUAGUCCGAAGAAGACCACCACUCCUAUCCCUGCCCCCAAGAUAAUGGGACUGGAGAGGGGCUGCUGUUGCUGCCACCCCUUUAAAUUAAGUAAAAGGGUCAGUGAUGCUGCUUUUCCGCUGCUUUUCCGCAGGUUCAGCUGAGGAACACUGCCUUAAUUUGGGGCGGACGUAGAUGGAAAGUUGACUUGUUUCUUUUUUCCUGUCCUUAACCCAUUUGCCUUGAAGCAGCUUGGAAGGUUGCACUGCUGCAACUUUUUUUAUAUAUAACUUAAUUUACCUUCACUGGCUUCCUCUUUUUCAGGACUUAAAAACAUGUUAUAUUUACUGCACAGCAGUGGAAUGAAUACUGCCAGCCAUUUCAUAGGGCUCAAGCUAUUUCAUAUGUUUGUUUUAGCUUUUGGAGGGUCAGGGCAAGAAGGUAUUUUUUUUAAAUCCUUUUCUUUGCCAUCUUUCAAAGCAGGUCUACGCUUUGUGCCCUGUUACUAUUAUUAUUGACAUUCACUGUGGUGUGUGUGUGUGUGUGUAUGUUUUAAGUAAAAUAUGUUUAGAGCCUUAAUAGUAUACCAUUUAAUCUGCUAUUGCUGGUGUUUUUCUUCCAAGGUCAUUAAAUUUUUAUCGGUUCCUCACUGACAAAUUAUAAGGAGAUUGGCAUAAUUAUAGGGAGAUAAUCACCUUUCAACCGCAGGAAAGAUUUCUCAUGAAAUGCUUGGGAAUACAUUUUAAGGAAGGCUUUGAGCUAUAGACAUGGUCUUGGGGUUAAGGGAGGCUGAAUUUCUUCUCUCUGCCCCUCCCUUCUCUUAACAAUUUACAGAGAUUGUUUUGUAGAUCACAGAGCACUGGGAGUUCUUUGGUUUCCUUUUAAUCCCAGCCAAUUUGCUGCACUACCUAUUGUUUUGUUAAUAACCGAUGUUUGUUUGCUGUUCAAAAACAAUACUUGAAAAAAGUUUUCUUCUCCAAGAAUCCCAGUCUUCCAAGGAACUUAAAGGGUAGAAUUUCCUGCCAAAGUUUUUGUCCCUGUUAAUCACUUGAGUGAAAGAGGGUGGGUGGGUGGGUGGGUGGGAACAAGUGAAAGAAUUGCAGAUGCACAAGAGAGCUAGGAACCAUAGAAUUGUAGAAUCCGAUAUUUUGGUCCAACCUCUCAAUGCUGGAAUAUGUAGUUGUCCCAUAUGGGGAAUCGAACCUGCAACCCUGGCAUCAUAAACACCAUUCUCUAACCAACUGAGCUAUCCAGUGGUGAGAGAGGAAAGCUUCAGAUAAUAAAAACUUAAGAGCAACUGGAUAUAGCUGGCAUAUAUACCCACCUUAACCCCAGCCAGCCAUGGUAUUAUCUUUAGCAUUUGCAUGUAGACAGGACCGCUUCAUAUGUUACUGCAGCAGACAUGUUUCUUGUAUUUAUACUGGUGCCCACAUCGAAAACACGUGGCGUGGAGAUGCACUCCCAAGUGCAACUGGUUCCUUAGCUCAGGCCUAGUACAUGGUUGGAUACAUGACUCCCCUUGGCUCUGUACCUGCCUGCUCAGCAACUUGUUUCCCUCUGAGGAUAGUGGACCAGCACCUAAGAUUUUCACUGAUUACUUCCUGUGGUGAUCACCCAGAGUCCCCGGACGUUUCACUGUCUAUUGAUCCCUGUGCCACCACUUUAUUUCUCGCUGCCACCACCUAGGCCCUACCUGGUAAAAUACUGAGUCCAGUCAGGGUUAAAUUGGAACAUAAACUUCUGUUUAUUUAUUGCAGUUUAACAAGCGUGUGGUUUCAUAAACGGUAUCAGUCCAUUACAGUCAUGGGGUGCCUAUCCAGACCUAUAACUUCCACUACCUGACUCACUCACUCACUCAACCACCUCUCAGAUAUUUACUUGUCUUCCUAGCUCCUAACUGUUCCUGACUCAACUUAUUUCACUACACUAACUCAACCUACCCACAGACUCUAUCCCAAUUCACUCCCACUCCAACCAACCACCCAACUCCCAACAAACUCCCCCUUCGCCCCUCCCAGAGCUGGUUUUAUAGUCCCUCUGACUCCACCCCCUGGGUUCUGAUUGGGUAAUCCGUUUAACUAUUUCACCUCCAGCACUCUCAUAUGUUAACGUCACACUUCCAUGUUGCUUUUCUGUGCCUGGAGGGAACACUGGAAGUGAACCUCAUACAGAUCCUGUAUGAGGAUCACAGCACACUUAAGCCAAACCGUUGUUUAGCAUGGAAGUGUGGGCUCUGAGAAAGGCAAUCUGAUUUUUCUCUUCCCCUGUCAUUCUGCUGCUUUGCUGAGUUGAGCCAUAGCCUAGCUUAGUGCGCUGUCUGAACUGCCACGAGCCUUGGUUUGGGCAACUAAACAAGCCAAACCAUGGUUUAGCUCAGCACAGCGGCAGGACAACUGAGGAGAUCCCAGCCACUAGGCCUCUCCCAUCUUGGAAGCAGGAAGUAGCCUACUGAAUUUCACUUCUCUUGCACGCAAAGCAGAUGCUUGACCACUGAGCUGAGGCCCUUCCUGAACUCACAACAAGCACCAUCAAAAUACACAACAUUUUUGUGUAUGUGUGUGUGUGUAGGGGAACAAUUUGUUGCAAGACAUCGCAUAAGACGAAACUCUCAAUUCAGUAAAUGUAAUGAAAGCUUAAUCUCUUUGACUAGGUUUUGUUGUUGUUGUUUAGUCGUGUCUGACUCUUCGUGACCCCAUGGACCAGAGCACGCCAGGCACUCCUGUCUUCCACUGCCUCCUGCAGUUUGGUCAAACUCAUGCUGGUAGCUUCGAGCACACUGUCCAACCAUCUAGUCCUCUGUCGUCCCCUUCUCCUUGUGCCCUCAAUCUUUCCCAACAUCAGGGUCUUUUCCAGGGAGUCUUCUCUUCUCAUGAGGUGGCCAAAGUAUUGGAGUCUCAGCUUCACGAUCUGUCCUUCCAGUGAGCACUCAGGGCUGAUUUCCUUCAGAAUGGAUAGGUUUGAUCUUCUUGCAGUCCAUGGGACUCUCAAGAGUCUCCUCCAGCACCAUAAUUCAAAAGCAUCAAUUCUUCGGUGAUCAGCCUUCUUUAUGUUUUUUUUUUUUUUAAUAAUUUUUAUUAAAGUUUUGAACAACAAAGAAAGAAAAGAAAAACAUAACAAAAACACAAAAAGAAAAACAAUAUUCAACAAUAAAAAAAACGAAAAACAUAACAAUUAAAAACAAUAUCUCUUUUCCAUUUCCGUAUUUUAGUUUACUUAUUUUCUGGACUUCCUCAUACCUCCCUCUUUUGUAUUCCAAUCCAAAUUGUUUGUCCAGCAAUUUCUUUUCCACUUUUUUAAUCCCAAUCUUUAACUUUAAUAUAAUAUUGAAAUAUAUAACUUCAACUUCUUUAAACCUGAUCUUUAGUCUUAAUAUAAUAUAACAUUAAAAUUUUUCCUCUUAAUUAUCAAAUUUCCAUUUCUUUAAACAUCUUUAAUCCUAAUCUUUAAUCUUAGUCUAUCAUUAACUUUAACCUGUACAGAUGGAAACCACUUAUUUUCAGUCCAACAUCACUCUAACAUUCUUUAAUUUUGCAAUGUUUCUGAAGAUAGUCUUUGAAUUUCUUCCAAUCUUCCUCCACCGACUCUUCUCCCUGGUCACGGAUUCUACCAGUCAUUUCCGCCAGUUCCAUAUAGUCCAUAAGUUUCAUCUGCCAUUCCUCCAGCGUGGGAAGUUCUUGUGUCUUCCAAUACUUUGCGAUAAGUAUUCUUGCUGCUGUUGUUGCAUACAUAAAGAAAGUUCUAUCCUUUUUUAACACCAUUUGGCCGACUAUGCCCAGGAGAAAGGCGGUAAUCAGCCUUCUUUAUGGUCCAGCUAGGUUUAUGGUUGACUAGGUCUUUAUGGUUGACUAGGUUAGUGGUCCUCAAAGGGUGUGGCAGGAAAGAAUGGCAAAUGUGGGAGGAAGAUUCAAGGACAACCAGUAUUAUAUUUGGGGAAUGCUUCAUGUUGUUAUGUAGUGACAUUGUUUUAUACCUUCUGGAUGCCUAGUUGUCAUAUCCUAGUUGUAUUCUGUGUUAUAAAACAAGCACUGCCAGUUGCUUCUUUUUUGUUUUCUCACCCAUUUCUUAUCAAUAAAAAAAGUUGGUGGAGCAUGAGCGAAUUUUUAUUCGGAAAGUGUGGCCAGGAGAAAAAAGCGAGAGAACCAUGGGACCUCCUGGUAUGCCCCGCGGAGGACCUUAAGGUUUUGGAGGUCCCAGGUUGCAAGGUGGUUAGAUUGGUCUCAACUAGGGCCAGGGCCUUUUCAGUACUGGCCCCGACUUGGUGGAACGCUCUGUCCCAAGAGACUAGGGCCCUGCGGGACUUGACAUCUUUCCGCAGGGCCUGCAAGACAGAGCUGUUCCGCCUGGCCUUUGGUUUGGACUCAGUCUGACCCUUAUGUUUCCCUCCCCUUACGGUUUUGAUCUAUGGGCUACUUUUAAAAUGAGGCUGCAUUUUAACAUGUAUUUUAAAUUGGUCCCCCCCCCAUUAUAUUUUUACUGUAAUUUUACUGCUGUUAGCUGCCCUGAGCCCGGCUCUGGCCAGGGAGGGCGGGGUAUAAAUAAUUUAUUAUUAUUAUUAUUAUUAUUAUUAUUAUUAUUAUUAAUUAGCUCUAGUCUUCCUGCAGUCUAAGGAGUCCACAUACAAUUCAGAUUGGUUAAAGCCUUAUCCCUGGGCUAGAAGGGGAAGGGGCAAGGAUUCCUUGGGGAAAAGUCCGCCAGGCCUUCCAUCUGCUUGGUGCUGUUGUUAUGGUGCUUCCUAAGGCUGGCAAGUCACCUGUGGAAAGUCACCUGGUGACUCUCUGGGGAUGGGUGUUAUCCCAGAGGCUUCCAGUUGCUGAUAGCUAUUGUAAGAACUCCCUGUAGGGAAGUGGGGUGUAAACACAGUCUGCUGCUAUAAAGAUCUCUGCAGAAGACACUGGUGUGUAAACACAGACUGGUGCCAAAAUCUAAUGCUGGGGCUUUGGUGAUCGACACCCCCCCAAAGAAAGAAGAUGUUUAGGCUGAAAUCUUAUACCAGCUUACCUAAGUCCUCUUGAACCCAAGGAGACUUGCUUCUAAGUGGAAACAUAUAGGAUUGCACUCUUAGUUUGACAAAGUUUGAGCCCUUUGGAAAUCUCCUGUCUGCUGCUGCGAUGACCUUGGUUAAAAACAAAACACCGUAAUAACAUGGUCCGAAGUAUGCUGAAGGGAUAGCUUUAGGCAUGCUGUAAUUUUCUAAGGACAAUACCACAGUAAUAAGCCAAAGCUUAUUUAAAUCAUCUGUCUCAAUUUCCUCGGUUGAUUAGCGAUAAAUUACCUGAUUAAAUGGAUUUGCAUAUUGCUGAAGCAUUUUUUUUGUAGGUGGCUCUUUGAUGCAGAAGGGGAGUGUGGAAACUUAGAACGUAUUAAGCAAAAGCCACCCGUAAUUGUUACAUGGACAAAAAUAUAAUGAUAAUAAUAAUAAUCCUUUACAUUCCACAUUAGAGUAAUUCACGAGAACUCACAUAGCAUCAUAAAAUACGCAAGUGGGCUCUUUAACACUCAGCCCUCCUUAAUUAAACAAAGAAAGCUUUAGUUGAUCACCGAAUUAAAGGUUCCGUUCUAAAACUCUACACAGUAACAGUUAAAGUAAGUCAAGUACCCGUCCAUCAAGAACUGUCCAUGGUUUGCGGUAUAAAAUGUGAGGAUCACAGCAAACCUACAGAAUCACAUUAUUAAAACAUUGACAAGCUUAUGCCCCAGCAAAACCAACAGCACAGAGCCUAAGUUCAUUUCAGCUAGGACUACAGUGCAGUUCUAUAUAGUACAUUGCAACCAUAUUGUCGUUGUUGUGUUUCUGUGUGCAGGCUAUUCAGACAGGCCUUUAGCGGCUGAUGAGGCUGACUGCUGAGUCGCUGCCAGGGCAGUUGGUACAUUAAUGCUGGCUUUAAAUGUAUUCUAAUGCAUUUUAACUAUUGUUUACCAGUUCGUUUUUAUUCCUUUGUAUCUUAUAACAAUGUUUUAAAAUACUAUAAGCUUCCUUGAAUCCCAGCUUGGAAGGUGGGAUAUAAAUACAUUAAACAACAACAACAUAUAUGUCUACUUAAAGUAAGCCCAAUUGAUUUCAGAGGAAUUCAGUUAAGUGUGUGCUUAAUAUGGUAUGUGUGUACUUAAAAUGGAAUGUUGCGUUGAAUUAAUUGGAUUGCACUUUAGUAACUAUGUAAGACUGCAGUCCUGUAUGAACUUACUGGUGGGUGAACCUAUUGACCUUAGUAGGACUUAUUUAUGAGUCAGGUAAAGGACCCCUGGAUGGUUAAGUUCAGUCAAAUGCGACGAUGGGGUUGCAGCGCUCAUCUCGCUUUCAGGCCGAGGGAGCCAGCGUUUGUCCACAUACAACUUUCCGCAUCAUGUGGCCAGCAGGACUAAACCGCUUCUGGUGCAACAGGGCACCGUGACGGAAGCCAGAGCACAUGGAAACACUGUUUGCCUUCCCGCCGCAGUGGUACCUAUUUAUCUACUUGCACUGGUAUGUUUUCAAACUGUUAGGUUGGCAGGAGCUGGGACACAGCUCACCCCACUGUGGGGAGUCGAACCUUCUGAUCGGCAAGCCCAAGAGGCUCAGUGGUUUAGACCACAGCACCACCCGCAUCUCUAUUUAUUUAUUUAUGAGUAAGUAUGUACAGGCAACACUCUAUUUGCACACAAGUCGUUUGCGUGUGUCAGCGGUCACACAUAAGCCCGUUCUGCCCUGCCUCGCCCCCUUCUGCAGCCGAAAGCGGCACACAUGUCAGCAGUCGCAUGUCACUUGGAACACACACAGAAUGGUUGCCCCCUGUGUAGAUUUUAUGGGGUGUGUGGUAUCUCCUGUAUUAAGAGAUUUAGCAUUUAAUAAUAAUAAUAAUAAUAAUAAUAAUAAUAAUAAUAAUAAUAAUAUAUUUAUACCUGGCCCAUCUGGCUGAGUUUCCCCAGCCACUUUGGGCAGCUUCCAGCAGAAUAUAUAAUGAUUCAUCCUGUAUUAAAAGCUUCCUUCAACAGGGCUGCCUUCAGAUGUCUUCUAAAAGUCUUAUAGUUGUUUAUUUCUUUAGUCCCAUGUGAACUGGUGGGUGAGCCUGUUGACCUUAGUAGGACUUACUUAUGAGUAAGGUAAAGGUCCAGUCAAAUGCGACUAUGAGGUUGCAGCGCUCAUCUCGCUUUCAAGUCGAGGGAGCCAGCGUUUGUCCACAGACAGCUUUCCUCCAAUAUUCUUGAUGCGCAAAUGAUUUCAUAGAAAAGUUCUGACAUUCCCUUUGACCUUAUUACGUGACGGUGUGCCCGCACUUCCAGGAAUUGUGAUUUGGGCCGGGUGGCGGGAGAGUCAAGCUCUGAUCUCAGUAAAAAUUCAAAUCCGCACUUGCCGCUGAGCAUCAGAAUUCGUUUACAACCUGCUCUCUGCGUCUUGUGCGUCUGUUCUCACAAUACCAUUGCAGAGGAAGACUAUAUCUGCCUUGGAGAAUCACAAAUAAAAAUCUGAGCCGUGACUCUUCAGAAACUAUCGUGGAUCCUGAAAGACUGUGGCAGCGAACUUCAGAAAAGGCUAGCUCAGCAGAUGAGGUGGGGAUCAGCCAGUGUCAGUAUUAAUACUCUUUCAAAUUUGAUGGAUGGGAGGAUUAUAAAACUGCAGAGGGAAGUGGAAGCCUAAUAGAGCCCGUUUUUUAAUUUGUAUCCCGUAUUCUUUCAGUGGCUCUAUGCAUCGGAUAGAGAGGAAAGCGCAGGUGAGGAUGCAUUGCUCUGCAUUAGCAUUAUUUGUUGUUGUUUAGUCGUUUGGCUGUGUCCGACUCUUCGUGACCCCGUGGACCAGAGCACGCCAGGCACUCCUGUCUUCCACUGCCUCCCGCAGUUUGGUCAAACUCAUGCUGGUAGCUUCGAGAACACUGUCCAACCAUCUCAUCCUCUGUCGUCCCCAUCUCCUUGUGCCCUCCAUCUUUCCCAACAUCAGGGUCUUUUCCAGGGAGUCUUCUCUUCCCAUGAGGUGGCCAAAGUAUUGGAGUCUCAGCUUCACGAUCUGUCCUUCCAGUGAGCACUCAGGGCUGAUUUCCUUCAGAAUGGAUCGGUUUGAUCUUCUUGCAGUCCAUGGGACUCUCAAGAGUAUCCUCCAGCACCAUAAUUCAAAAGCAUCAAUUCUUCGGCGAUCAGCCUACUUUAUGGUCUAGCUCUCACUUCCAUACGUCACGACUGGGAAAACCAAAGCUUUAACUAUGCGGACCUUUGUUGGCAAGGUGAUGUCUCCUUAUGCAGGGAGGCGAUUUCUCUCUCGCACCCCUGAUUUAGCAUGUUCUAAUGUGCCUUAUUAUGCAUACUUAUUCCCAUGCAACAAGAGGUGAAGGAGCAUGCCCAAAAUUACUUUCCUCAUUUUCCUUUCCCCCGCAGGGUAUUCUGAAGUUGCAAACAAAACAAAACUUUUUUUUUGCCUCCUCUUCCACAUUAUACAAGGUGAAGGCUCUGAGCACCCUGCCAAAUCAGAGUCCUUGGGAACAUGUUCCGUUAGAUCCAAUCUUACCUUCCAGUUGCCAACACUCCCUGCAACUAUUUGGCUUUAGUUUCUUACUUCUAGUAAUGUCGACAAAUACUUAAUUUUCCACGCGGCAAGAAAAUGCAUUGCAUGGGCCAUUUAAAAAAUAAACUUUCUCUAAACUGAAACUGUGACAGAUGCCCAAACCUAUUAGUGCUGCAACCUCCUGCUGUCAAUUUUCUGGUCUUUAUCUGCCCUGUUGUUAGAAUUUAAAGACCCUAUUGCAUCCAGUGUUCCUGUCCAGAGACUAUUUUGGUCCUUUUCAGCCCUAGUGAAACUGAAUCAUUAUUGAUGGAAGAAGACUCAGCCUGGUGUGUCUUUGAUUCCUGAGUCCUUUGGCGGCAACCCAACAACUGGUUUCCUCCGUUGAUGGGGCAGGGUGAUUGUGCCACACCACCACAGUUGUCACGGAAAGUGUUAUUUGAAUACAGGGUUGUAUUCAACUUUUACUCAGAGUCAGCCCGUUGAAAUGAAUGGACCUAACAUUGUGAAUUUUGAUAGGGCCUGACCCGAGUAAAAGUUAAUUGAAGGCAACCCGCGGUUUCCUAGUUUGACAGAUGGAGAAGGCGGUGUGCCAAGAAAGAGUGGAUUAUUUUGACUUAGGUUAGGCUAACUCUGAUGAUAGCACAUUUGACAGGCUCAUUUUUUUGCCAGUGUUUAUGCAGUUGCUUCCUAUAACAGUAGGGAAAGAUUAUACAGCUUGUAUGCUACCUGCUGUCAGGAGCGGGUGCCAGGAUUAGGUCACCAUUAACUCACACAACUUCAGUGAAGUUAACUCUUUAUUCAGAGAAACAAGGCAGCUCAGGAGGCCAGGCCUAAUGGGCACAACAAAUCUUCCUGUUGAUCUUGCCCCAGUGAGGCAGUUGUGGGGACUGUGGGUCCCUGCCUUCCCACAGUUCCCUAAGUCUCCUCCUCCCCAAGCAAUCUGAGACUUCUUUGCCUCUACAGCAUUUGCUCCACCCUCUUCAUAGCUCUUCUGGUUCUGGGAGACCAGGGAGGAGGGGAGCUGGUCGCAGCACGACGGGGAAAUACCCUGACUUCUUCAUCAGCCUGACUCAACUCUGUCUCUUGACCUGCUUCUGCCUCCAAUUCUGGACUGCUCUCUUUUACCACUUCAGCUUCCGACAUCUCCUCCUCCCAGUCUUCUCCCUCUUUUCCCUCUGACAUCCACCACCAAUCCCUUGGCUCUGAGUCUUCUCCCCUUGAGGGUCUCCCAGCUGGUGCCUUCCACCACUCCUCUGCAUGCAGCCAGUCCAUGAUACCUGAAUGUCAUGCCUUGAAACAGCUCCUUCAGUCACUGAAGAAGAAGAAGAAGAAGGGUUUGGAUUUGAUAUCCCGCCUUUCACUCCCCUUCAGGAGUCUCAAAGCGGCUAACAUUCUCCUUUCCCUUCCUCCCCCACAACAAACACUCUGUGAGGUGAGUGGGGCUGAGAGACUUCAGAGAAGAGUGACUGGCCCAAGGUCACCCAGCAGCUGCAUGUGGAGGAGCGGAGACGCGAACCCGGUUCCCCAGAUUACAAGACUACCGCUCUUAACCACUACACCACACUGGCUCUCACUGGUAGCUAAAAGUAUACUAUUUAAAAGGAAAUGGUUAAUUUUGUUUGUUUGUUGGUUUGUGUGUUACCGUGAGGGAGAAUUUGAGCUACAAGUGCCCAUACAGUACCAAUCACGAGCGAUUGGUACAAAAGAUCUGGAAAGUAAGAGAGCUUGUGAUUUAGAGGUUGCUGACCCUCAGUGUUCUUGGUUGCAAGCUUGUGAGUGCCUAGAGGGGGUUGGAGGAAGGAUGGCGGCUAACAGAUUGAGGUUGAAUCCUGACAAGACAGAAGUACUGUUUUGGGGGGACAGGGGGCGGGUGGGUGUGGGGGACUCCCUGGUCCUGAAUGGGGUAACUGUGCCCCUGAAGGACCAGGUGUGCAGCCUGGGAGUCAUUUUGGACUCAAAGCUGUCCAUGGAGGCGCAGGUUAAUUCUGUGUCCAGGGCGGUUGUCUACCAGCUCCAUCUGGUAUGUAGGCUAAGACCCUACCUGCCCACGGACUGCCUCGCCAGAGUGGUGUAUGCUCUGGUUAUCUCUCGCUUGGACUACUGCAAUGCGCUCUACGUGGGGCAACCUUUGAAGGUGACCCGGAAACUGCAAUUAAUCCAGAAUGUGGCAGCUAGACUGGUGACUGGGAGUGGCCGCCGGGACCACAUAACACCGGUCCUGAGAGAUCUGCAUUGACUCCCCGUACGUUUCCGAGCACAGUUAAAAGUGUUGGUGCUGACCUUUAAAGCCCUAAACGGCCUUGGUCCUGUAUACCUGAAGGAGCGUCUCCACCCCCAUCGUUCAGCCUGGACACUGAGAUCCAGCGCCGAGGGCCUUUCCCUCAUUGCGAGAAGUGAGGUUACAGGGAACCAGACAGAGGGCCUUCUUGGUAGUGGCUCCCACCCUGUGGAACGCCCUCCCUUCAGAUGUGAAGGAAAUAAGCAGCUUUCCUAUCUUUAAAAGACAUCUGAAGGCAGCCCUGUUUAGGGAAGUUUUUAUUAUUUAAUGCUGUAUUGUUUUGAACACUCGAUUGGGAGCCGCCCAGAGUGGCUGGGGAAACUCAGCCAGAUGGGCGGGGUAUAAAUAAAUUAUUAUUAUUAUUAUUAUUUAGGACGCUUCCUUACUGCGAUACAGGCAAACGUUCAGGAACGGGGUAUAAGUCAUCCCUCACUUUAGAGCCUCUUGCUCACUCCUAACAAAUGGCAGAGCACAGCAUCAUCGCUGUUGGUGCCGAAACCUCUAGCGAAGCGAGCGACCGAGAGCACCCAAAGUGAGUGGCAGAACUCCCGCUGCCUUGUGACACCUUGGUUGUUGAUAACCUUGAUGUGGUUUGCAGUGAAAUUGCUCUCCCUUUUCUCUGCCACAGGAUGCGGAUGUGUUACUGAUGGUGCUAGUCAGGCUUUCUCUCUUAAGUGAGAAGUCAGACAUCUUUUUGGGGGGAUGUGGGAGGCAGCUGAGUGGAGUACAGGUGAGUGCUAGGUUGGCACCAGCUGCCUGAAACUAAAUCUGUCCCUGGGGUAGCUCAGUUGGUAGAGCAGGAGACUCUUAAUCUCAGGGUCGUGGGUUUGAGCCUCACGUUGGUCAAAAAGAUUCCUGCAUUGGACUAGAUGACCCUCAUGUUCCCUUUCAACUCUACAGUUCUGCGAUCUAUGAUUCUGUAUUGACUUAACUAAAUUAAUAUUAAAUAAUAUGGGUAUAAUCCUAUUAGCCCUGCAGCUAAUUUCUAAAUCAAGACAAUGCCUACAAGAUGCAUGGAGUUAAAAGAUACAUUUCGAUGUCAAUGGAGAAUUUGAUCAUUUCGCAGGUAGGGAUGCUUGCACUCUACCUGCCGACGGAGGAAUUUCAUUUACAUCUAAUGAAAAUAAAGUGCUCCUGUCUGCACGAUAACUAUCAGACUUUACUUCUGCCUAUCAGUCAUGAGCAGUUCAGUUUUGUUUGCAGCUUUAUUUUUGCAAGGGUGGUGCUGGGCCAAGGCAGAGUGACCCGGAAAGGAGCAACACUGGAAAGGAGAGAAAACUGUCAGCAAAAGUGUGCAAAGUUCACCUCUGUUAGCUACCCUGGGAACAUAAAUCUUUAUCGGCGGUGUGGGAUUUAAAAUUUGUAAAUAAAUAAAACUAUCCUGGGUGCAUGUUGUAAAAAGAGAUCCCAUUUGGGCAUACAGUCGUACCUUGGAAGUUGAACGGAAUCUGUUCCGGAAGUCCAUUUGACUUCCAAAACGUUCAGAAACCAAAGCACAGCUUCCUAUUGGCUGCAGGAGCUUCCUGAAGCUGCGGAAGCCACAUUGGACGUUCAACUUCCAAAAAAAAGUUUGAAAACCGGAACACUCGCUUCCAGUUUUUGAUCAUUCGGGAGCCGAAACGUUCAGCAACUAAGCCGUUUGAGAUCCAAGGUACGACUGUAUUUUAAAUACAUUUUUCCCCCUCUAGGCAAGAAGGAGCUGCACAGUCAGCCUGGUUGUAAGAAUGAAACAUUAAUGUAAAUCAGGGCCUUCUAGCUAGGGAUUAUGGGAAUUGUAGUCCAGAAACAGCUGGAGACCAACGUUUGGGAAACCCUGUUGGCAAUAAUGCUCUAGUUACAUACUGUCAUUGUUUAGUGGUUAGACAUGCACCAUUGUUUAGCAAGUACAUGAAGAAGUCUCAAUGGGAAACUUGAUUCUAAAUUGGCCUUCUUUUCUCAUUGAUCCAAAGUGCCUUGAUUUAAAUCAGUCCAGUGACAGGGUGCGUUGCCAAUUUAUUUUUAACUAGUAGGACGCGAAGGCAAAUGAUACGCUUCUAAGCAUUGUGCAUCGAUGCCUUGUUGGGUUGAAAUCACGACAGACGAGUGGUAGGUGUCAUAUGAGAGGCGUCUGCCAGGGCGAGCCCCGGGAACUCUCUUUUAUUGAAUAUUACAAACAUUGCCACAGGUGUGCUUGUGGCUGAUUGGUUGAUACAAACACAAAGCAUCUUGUUGCUGAUUGGUUAACAUAGGUACAAGGCGGGAAUUAGAUACAACCAUUUAUUACUGAUAGAUCAAAGGAUGAGAAAUGGAGCUGGAACUAGACAGGCAUGAAACCUCCUAAUUAAAUUAUAACUAAAGAUUGAUAUUGAAAGAACAUAACAUGAAAGAAUACAACAAUCACGUUCCGUAGAUGUGGUCAGCAAUGCAUUAAGAACAGGUCAGGAUACACUGUUUCAUGAACUCAAUGGGAACUGUUCAGAACAUUCUCAGACUCAUGUGCAGAAGCAGAGAAAAGAUUAUGAGCGAGACUUCCCAGAAUGCAAGAGAAAAGAAGCAAUAGUUCUCAUAGUCCCAUAAUGCCGCAGUUAUGUGCAGUAAGAGAACUGCAGAAAGAAAACUUCCCUUUAAUUCCUUCUUGGUCUUGAAAUCUGCGGCUGCGGCUACUUGGGUUUGUUUGGACACAGCGUGGCUUUUGAGACCCCACUGAGACUACAGUUUGUCAGCCACAGAUAUGGCCAUGACGGCACUGGACCUCUUCUCUCUGACUGUAUGUUUCCCCUGCCAAAACGAAGAGAGUUUACUGUAAUCCAAGUGCGGCUAUUUUAAUCAGUGAUUAGCUCAUUAAUGGAAGUUUUGCAUUCACGAUACUCAUUAAAAGACUGUGUCUAGUUACAAAAGGUUUUGCAGUUACGUACAUAAUUCGUUCCAGAGGUCCAUUCUUAACCCGAAACUGUUCUUAACCUGAAACACCACUUUAGCUAAUGAGCCCUCCCGCUGCCGCCAUGCCACUGCUGCACAAUUUCUGUUCUCAUCCUGAAGCAAAGCUCUUCUGGGUUAGCGGAGUCUGUAACCUGAAGCGUAUGUAACCUGAAGCAUAUGUAACCCGAGGUACCACUGUAUGCAAUUUAUCUUUAAAGAAAUAAAAUGAGUUCCGUAUUAGUAAACGGAUCUAUGCAUCAUGCAUCUUUAUGCUUCAUGUCUUUAAUAACAUUCUAUUUACUCAUGAUCAGAGCUGUUUUUCUAGAAAAAGAGGUGCUGGAACUCACCAUGUUCUCCUGUAAUGGCAAUGGCACCCACCUUGAGAGGUGCCUGAACCGAGUUCUGGAGAGUUCCAGCUUGAAAAAAAGCCCUGCUCCUUAUGCUAAAAGACAGUAGUGAAAGCUCCAGAGACUUAAUGCCCCAUCUGCUUUUAUACAUUUAAAGUAGGCAUAGGCAAACUCGGCCCUCCAAAUGUUUUGGGACUACAACUCCCAUGAUCCUUAGCUAACAGGACCAGUGGGCAGGGAUGAUGGGAAUUGUAGUCCAAAACAUCUGGAGGGCCGAAGGUUGCCUAUGCCUGAUUUAAAGCAUCAUCACACCACUUUAAACAGUCAUGGUUUACCCCCUCCCCAAGAAUCCUGGAAAAUGUAGUUUGUUAAAGGCGGCGCUGAGACCUCUAUUCCCCUCAUGGAUAGUGCGGGUGGGACUUUUAAGUUUCAAGAAGAGCUUUACAGCACAAUGGGUUAAAAAAGAGAAAAGAAUCAUCAGACUCUUCUGGUGUUGAAAGGUUUUCUGUUUGAGCCACCUCAGUUCCUGAGGCUAUGUGGGAGACCUUGCUCAGGAAACUUGCUCCUUUUGUAGUAAAAAGGGAUGGUUACAGGGAACAGCACUUUAGCAGGACUUGCAUUGUAAAACUCUGUUUUGAGAAAGGUAAACAGCCUUGGAAUAUAAGGAGAAUGGUUAGGAUUAAAUCCACUUGCCGCUCUUCAUGGAUAUCUUGUCUCUGUCUGUGUCAUGGUCUCCCAAACUUGGGUCUCCAGCUUUUUUUCUUUUCUUUUUUGGGGGACUACAACUCCCAUCAUCCUUAGCUAGCAGGACCAGUGUUCAUGGAUGAUGGGCAUUGUAGUCCAAAAAACAGCUUCAAGUUUGGGAAACCCUGGUAUAUGGUGGUAUUCAUUGCUUUCAUUGUAACUAUCCAAUAUAUGGUCCUUGUACCUAAUUGAAUGUUGUGAGCCUAUAAUAGAAGAUCCUUGAUUGGCCAUCUAUACAUUUGAACGAAUGAAAAAUGACUGGAGGUGAAAAAUACAGAGGACCGUUCACAUCUCUCUAUCUACUUGUUACGGUAGGCGAUGGGUAGGCUGAAUGUGAUUUUGUGAAAGCUCUGUCAAGAGAGAGGAAACAUAGAACUUCUUAAAUCGAAGGCUAAUGGCUCCUCCAAAUGGUUGCCCUUUCUAGUGUUGACCAAUAUUGUAUCCCACAAAUAGAGCUUUACCUUCUGUAAAUCAAAACAAGUUAUAAGUGGGGCAGUGGCUCUUCACAGUAUUUAUUUCCUUGCACUGAGAAAGCAUGGGAGACUCUGCAUGCCUUUUGUAAUAUCUGUUUGGUAGCUCACUCGGUAAAGCAUGAAACUCUUCAUCUUAGGGUUGUGGGUUCGAGUCCCACAUUGGGCAAAAGAUUCCUGCAUUGCAGGGGGUUGGACUAAUUGACCAUUGUGGUCCCUUCCAACUCUGCAAUGCUACGAUUCUAUGAAAUAUAGAAGCAAACCUUGGAGAGAAGGUGGUAAGCAGAUUUUUCGGCUAAUCCCGCAUUGAAUUCCCAAAGAGCAAGAGUUGCACCCUCCCCAAGCUCACGGCAUUCUGCCUAACAUAACUGAUUAUCCAAGGAAGAGAUGGUCAAAUGAGGCCACCUAAAGUGAUUUCACUUGGCGGCUGGUGAUCUUAUCAAACUUUAAUCAAGGUAUGGUAUACUGAUUGCUAAUAAUUUUACUGGCAAAGAACAUUCAAAUUGUGGCAAAGUCUGUACUUUAAUGUUGCGUUUCGCCUUGAGAUUUUGUAUGAACCAUGAUGAAAAAUUGACCCAGCUUAAUUACGGAGCCUGACUUCACAAGGAGUUCAGUUAGUGCUGCAAAUAUACCUGGCCCUUGGAUCUCUGCCUGGAGAAUAGAACAGACCAUGAGAACUCUGAGGUUUGCCAUUUGUGGGCUAAGUAACUCUUUAACAUUAGCAUGGGAAUAUAGCCAAAAUCACUAGUAAUAUCUCUGGGAUUUAGCAUAACAGUCCUAGGACCACAUUCUUUGGUAUUCCAAAUCAUAUAAACUUUCUGGAAGACGUCAUCUGAACUACCAAAUAACCUGGUCUCUUAACACUAUGUUGAGUAUCCCCUUUAUCUUUCCCCUUUAUCUUUCAGUAAGCAAUUUGUUAGUGGAGCACGCAUCAAAUGCAUAUCGUUACUUUCCCUGCAAGCUGGCAAGAUACGUCUGGGGCAAAAGCCAAACACAGUUGUCAAAAGAUGCUGUAACUUGUACGGUAUCUGAAAUACUCCCAAGAGACUGCAGAUCACCUUUUUUCAAAUUGGCUAGGACAGGACGAUGCAAGAGGGUAACAGAUCCUCUGAUGAUGAUUCCUGUCUCACUUGUUCUUGGUAACGGAGACUAGAAAUCCAUACAAACAUUUUUACUAUCUUUUCUGUGACUUCUCAUUUGCCAGAAAUUAGGUUGUAACAUGUAACUUAGAUGUGCUCAUUGAUUGUACAGUAUAAAUAGGAGAUCUGGAGAGAAUGCAAUAAUAAGGGAGGUAGCACAUCUUGGUAUAGCCUGAUGCUUUUAGCCCAAAAACGUUUCUGCACUGCUUCCACUUUAGAUGCUCCUUCGACAGUAAAGGUAAAGGGACCUCUGACCAUUAGGUCCAGUCGUGACCAACUCUGGGGUUGCGGCGCUCAUCUUGCUUUAUUGGCCGAGGGAGCCGGCGUACAGCUUCUGGGUCAUGUGGCCAGCAUGACGAAGCCGCUUCUGGUGAACCAGAGCAGUGCAUGGAAAUGCCGUUUACCUUCCUGCCAGACCUAUUUAUCUACUUUCACUUUGAGGUGCUUUCGAACUGCUAGGUUGGCAGGAGCAGGGGUCGAGCAAUGGGAGCUCACCCCGUCGCGGGGAUUCGAACUGCCAACCUUCUGAUCGGCAAGUCCUAGGCUCUGUGGUUUAACCCACAGCGCCACCUGCGCCAUGACAGUACAUUGGGCCAAAUAGGCUGCAGCUCUUCACUGCAGUGGUCUUCCUACAAUAUCCUCUAGAAAUAAAAGCUUGCGGCUAAGACUGGUAUCUUAUGAAAGGAUGCUUCCAAAUAUGCGUUAAUACAAUAAAACAAUUAAAUGUCUUCCCAAUCCUGCUUCAGAUUCCUGAUGUCAAAUAUGCAAACGAUGGGCAGUUUUUCCAUCUGAUUUGCUACUAAUAAGCAGCCACUAUAUGGAGGCACAACCCAUACCUCAGGCUACUUCACUAUGGGUUGUAUCAAAUGCUGCCCAUCAGAUACAAACCAUAGUUCUCCUGGCGCAAUGAGGCUUCCUUUUCUCUCUCCCCCCACCAAAAAAUCUGCUGUGAUUUUGAGGAUGAUGGGGGGGUAGGCUAGAGGUGAAGGAGGAGGAAAAAUAUCUGCUACAUGCUACAAGUCUUCUUUACUGGAACUGCAGUGUUGGAUAUGGUCCUGUGCCUUUUGUGUAUACAUGCGAAAUUUUGCACCUCAUCCACAAAGCUUUUUGAAUGGAUUGUCUCUUUCUCUUUCUUCCAGACCCCUAAGUCUUCUUUACUGAAGCCUUUUACAUGCUAAACUUGCACAAUCACACCCACACCCUCAGCCCCUUAGCAGUGGUGUCCAAACUUUUUCCAAAGAGGGCCAGAUUUGAUGAAGUGAAGGGCUGUGAGGGCCGACCAAAGUUGAUGAUUGAAGUUAUUGACCUUUUUUUAGGAUUUUACCCCAAAAUUGUUGAGCUGUUUGGGGGAUUGAAAUUGUUAAGCUUUUUUGGGGGAUUGAAGUUGUUGAGGUUUUUUUAGGAUUUUACCCCAGGGAAUAAACUGCCAAAGGCCCCCAAAAUGGACCUUGGACAUGCCUGCCUUAGAAAUUUAUUUGGUUUUUGAGGGGGUGCAUGUCAAUUUUUCUAUUUCGGCUUAGUAGAAGCUGAACCUAGAUACUUUAUGAUCCUGAAGUCUAUGUUACUUGACAAUACUGUCUCUAUGCCCCCCUCCCCAAUUUUGUUAUGAUAAAUCAUAGAAAUGCAGCCUUUUUAAAAGAGACUGUUAUUACAAGAGGUAGGGGACGCGGGUGGCGCUGUGGGUUAAACCACAGAGCCUAGGACUCAGAAGGACGGUGGUUCGAAUCCUUGCGACGGGGUGAGCUCCCGUUGUUUGGUCCCAGCUCCUGCCAACCUAGCAGUUCAAAAGCAUGUCAAAGUGCAAGUAGAUAAAUAGGUACCGCUCCAGCGGGAAGGUAACCGGCGUUUCUGUGCACUGCUCUGGUUUGCCAGAAGCGGCUUAGUCAUGCUGGCCACAUGACCCAGAAGCUGUACGCCAGCUCCCUCGGCCAAAAAAGUGAGAUGAACACAGCAACCCCAGAGUCGGCCACGACUGGACCUAAUGGUCAGGGGUCCCUUUACCUUUACCUUUAGAGGAAAUUUUUACACAGAGGAAGUGGGUGCUGGUGGGGGUGAGUGUUUCUGGGGACUGUUAACUCUGCAGACAGGAAGACAAGUUCUUGUGAGUUCUAGUAGACUCUUUCAAACGACCCAUGUUUUGUUCUGAAUGCCUCCAAUUAAACAAACCAACUAAAACCACCUCUCACUUAGACAGCCUGCUGUUUCCAUGCAAAAACACACUGCAGUGGCUCUGGGGCUGCACCAAUAGCCCAUUUCGUACUACAGUAUAUUACCCUGAGGCUGUUGCUCAUUCUUUUGCAGAACUAAUGAUUCUCAAUGACACCUCUAAAGAUACUUUAUUGCCAUGCAAAUGGGAGCAGGAGCUUUCCAUCAGCCCACCUCUGCAGCAAGAGAAAGGAACUUGCAUGUGGAAUGCCAGCAACCAAGAAAGUUACUUUAAAAAGCAUUAAGAACUUGGGUUGGGGAAAAAGUAGCUUUCUAAAAAUGAGGAGCCCAUAAUGAGGAAUUUUUGAUAAUUCUGGAGUUCUCAAAUCCAGCAAGAUUGUUUUAAAGCCCAUCAAAAACAAUGCCUAUCAGAAACAAUGCAUUUAAACAUGCUUAACUGCAGGAUUACAAAUAAUUAUGCAAAAGCUACUAAUCCAUAUUGUUUUAAAAAGUCAAUCUGCCUAAAUUUGUAUUAAAUUUUGUAUUGUAUCAACAGGUUGGGAGGAGGUGCAGCUUACAACACACACAUGACAAACUUGUAACUUCCCACCCCAGCACACACAGAGUUUACAAAAACCCAUUUGUUUUGUUGUAUGGACGCAGUUUUUAUUUCCUGAGGGGGAGCUAUUAUUUAAAUAUUAUUAAAUAAAUAAAUAAAUAUUAUUUAAAUAAUUUAUUAUUUAAAUAUGGUUUAUAGUUGCCAUAUAGUGAGAUACUCAUAAAUGAGUUAGAACUUUGACCUCAAAUAAUUUCCAUUUAAACUGCAUGAAUUGGGAAUAGAAAAUAGCUUUUUGAUAAUUUCCUGAAAGUGUGAUUCCUAAAAGGGAUGAAUAUGGGCUAUGCAUAUAAAAAGAGGUUAUUAGCAACGUCACUUUUAGAGGAAACACCACAUUCUGAGCAUCAGAGAAGACAGCCAGUCUAGAUUGUAGAAGGCAACUUAAUACCUCUGAAAGCUGGAUUGCUCUGAGGUGAUUGAUAUGGUUGAGGAGCAGCAAAACACCCAGAGACCUUGUUCAGAGCUCACAUUUGCCUUAGUUUGGGUUUGUCUGAACCCAUAGUUUGCUACACUGUACCAAAAAGAAGACAGGUAUGUUCUGGUUUGCACGCCACAUUAACUGUAGUUUAAAGCUAAGCUGGGUUUGGGGCUUGCUUCUCUCCAAGCAAACCUCUAGUAAGCCCUGAGUUUUGGAUGACAUGACAAGCCAGACACUGGCUUAUUUUGUCUGUGGUGCAGCAGGAGCUAGGGAGAUGUCCUGUAGGAAUUUUUGAGCAGCCUGCACAAGCACACAGCUCAUUCACAUUAAGCUAUAGUUGGUUUUUAAACUGUACGUGCCACAAAAACUAAGCCAGAGCCAAAUAAAAUCUUGUCUACUCGUUUAGUUCAAUCUAUGCAAUCAAUCCGCUAUCUGUGCCUACAGAAACAGAAGAGGACAUCUGUGUGUGAGAGAUAAGAACAGUCACUAUUCAAUUGGUGAUUAAGUCAGCAUUUCCAGAAUUUAGUGGAUUCAGAAUUGGAGAAUAGUGACUAGUUGCUUGUUGUGUUCCUUUGAUUUUAGGUAAUUGUAUUGAUAAGUAGAUUGUUAUUUGGGGAUUGCGGUUUCUUUUAACUUUUUAGAAAGCAGUUUUUGACAGCGAAGAUCAAGAAGGCAAUGCACAAUGCUUUCAUGCUAUUUGCAUUGAGGACAUUGCGAUCAUAUUUAGAUUACCGUAUUUUUUGCACCAUAACACUCACUUUUUUCCUCCUAGAAAGUGGGAAAUGUCUGUGCGUGUUAUGGAGGAAAUGCCUACGGGUGGCAUGCCUAUGGAUUUUCCUCCUCUAAAAACUAUGUGCGUGUUAUGGUCGGGGGCGUGCUAUAGAGCGAAAAAUACGGUAUAUGCUUAACAGUUCCUGGAAAAGGAGUAUCAUUAUGCAGGAGAAAUACAUAUGCUGCUUAGAGAGGUUUGAGCCACAUUGUGGAUUUUUGCAUCCUUGUUUUGUAACCUGCUGGUGUUGUGGAUAGUAAAUUUCUGCAUGCCUCCUGCUUGUGCAGGUUAGAUGUGUACAUAGGGAGCCAUUAGACAGUGCUUGGUGUUAAAAGAUUGCAAUAGAGUAUAUUAGUACCAAGUGAUUUUGAAGAUCAUUUAAUCGCCAUAGCUAUUCAAAGGUAGUAAACCAGUGCCUCCUGGAAGUUAAAAGCAUAUGGGAAUUACUUAUAGCAGACAGCCCCGUUGCAUUUGGGAAACUAUGUGAUCCGUACUGUGAAUUGCCUCUAAAAUGUGGUCAAUGGUAACCCCAUUUAUGUUACAUAGUGGUCAAACUUGAUCAUCAUCAUCAUCAUCAUCAUAAUUUAUUAUUUAUACCCCGCCCAUCUGGCUGGGCUUCCCCAGCCACUCUGGGUGGCUUCCAAAAAAAUAUUAAAAUACUGUAAUACAUCAAACAUUAAAAGCUUCCCUAAACAGGGCUGCCUUCAGAUGUCUUCUAAAAGUCUGGUAGUUGUUGUUCUCUUUGACAUCUGGUGGGAGGGCGUUCCACAGGGUGGGUGCCACUACCGAGAAGGCCCUCUGCCUGGUUCCUUGUAGCUUGGCUUCUCGCAGUGAGGGAACCGCCAGAAGGCCCUUGGUGCUGGACCUCAGUGCCCGGGAAGAACAAUGGGGGUGGAGACGCUCCUUCAGAUAUAUUGGACCGAGGCCGUUUAGGGCUUUAAAGGUCAGCACCAACACUGAAUUGUGCUCGGAAACGUACUGGGAGCCAAUGUAGGUCUUUCAAGACCGGUGUUAUAUGGUCUCGGCGGCCACUCCCAGUCACCAGUCUAGCUGCCACAUUCUGGAUUAGUUUUAGUUUCUGGGUCACCUUCAAAGGUAGCCCCACGUAGAGCACAUUGCAGUAGUCCAAGUGGGAGAUAACCAGAGCAUGCACCACUCUGGCGAGGCAGUCCGCAGGCAGAUAGGGUCUCAGCCUACGUACCAGAUGGAGCUGGUAAACAGCUGCCCUGGACACAGAUUUGACCUGUGCCUCCAUGGACAGCUGUGAGUCCAAAAUGACUCCCAGGCUGCGCACCUGGUCCUUCAGGGGCACAGUUACCCCAUUCAGGACCAGGGAAUCCUCCACACCUGCCCACCUCCUCUCCCCCAAAAACAGUACUUCUGUCUUGUCAGGAUUCAAGCUCAAUCUGUUAGCCGCCAUCCAUCCUCCAACCGCAUCUGUUAUUGUUUGUUCAGCAUCUGUUAUUGAUCAGCGUCUGUUAUUGUUUGUUCCCUCCAGUGCCCUGUCAAUACUACCAAUAAUAGAAGAAUCCAUGUAAUAACUUGAAAGGUAAAUCAGGACAGUUCAAGGUAGAGUUUUAAAGAAUUUACAUUGCUUGUGUUAUGUAAUGUAAAAAUUGGGGUUUGCCUUUUGCUGCCCAACUCCCCACUAAGUCCAUGUUCAGUCAGAGAAGAAUGGAUGGAGGCAGGAUCCAGUGGAAAGCAAAACAGAUAUUUAUUUUUCUGUUUCAACAGAGUUCCCUCCCCUCUUUCCAAGGAGGGAGAGACCCUGAACAAAAGUGCGCAGGAACCUUUAAAGACUUUUGACAUUGCCCAACCCCCUUAGCCAAAGACCACCCCAAAAUCAUCAUACAUACAUCAUAGUCUACAGCAGAAAUCCUGUCUACCUGAUAAUGAGUGUUCUCUGAUUGCGUUACCUGGGCAGCCUGGCCAGUCUCUUGUGAUGGUUAAUAGUUUAGUUCCUGAAUCUAAGCCACAGGUUCACCCUGUUCAUACACAAAUACGCCCUUAAGACAGCAUUAGUAAGUGAAAAGACAAUGGGAAGGCUUUCCCCAUUUGCCUCCCAGUGAGCACUCAGGGCUGAUUUCCUUAAGAAUGGAUAGGUUUGAUCUUCUUGCAGUCCAUGGGACUCUCAAGAGUCUCCUCCAGCUUUUGAAUUACGGUGCUGGAGGAGACUCUUGAGAGUCCCAUGGACUGCAAGAAGAUCAAACCUAUCCAUUCUUAAGGAAAUCAGCCCUAAGUGCUCACUGGAAGGACAGAUCCUGAAGCUGAGGCUCCAAUACUUUGGCCACCUCAUGAGAAGAGAAGACUCCUGGAAAAGACCCUGAUGUUGGGAAAGAUGGAGGGCACAAGGAGAAGGGGACAACAGAGAUGGUUGGACACUGUUCUCGAAGCUACCAACGUGAGUUUUACCAAACUGCGGGAGGCAGUGUAAGACAGGAGUGCCUGGUGUGCUCUGGUCCAUGGGGUCAUGAAGAGUUGGACACAACUAAAUGACUAAACAACAACAACAACACUGCAGAGGAAUAUUUGAGGUCACUGGGAGAGUCAAAAUGGCUUCAGGAUUUCUCUCCUGUACUAUUUUAGACACAUGGUUUAUAUAUUUAGAUAUGUGAGCAUUUAUGAAUAUGUAUUCUAUAUUUGAGACCUUAGAAUUCUUAUAACAAAUGCCACUUGCAAACUACAGUGGUACCUUGGGUUAAGUACUUAAUCCGUUCUGGAGGUCCGUUCUUAACGUGAAACUGUUCUUAACCUGAAGCACCACUUUAGCUAAUGGGGCCUCCUGCUGCUGCCACGCUGCCGGAGCACGAUUUCUGUUCUCAUCCUGAAGCAAAGUUCUUAACCUGAAGCACUAUUUCUGGGUUAGCGGAGUCUGUAACCUGAAGCGUAUGUAACCCGAGGUACCACUGUAUAAUCAAUGAGUGCCAGACUCUGACAUACAAUGGAAAAUGCUUGUUGGCUCUCUUUUGCAAACCAUAAGACCAUGUUCAUUGACCAUUUUGAAGGUUUUCCCCUUGAAAUCUUUCAUAGAUUCAUAGCAGCUUGUAAAACCCGGGCUGUAUUCUGCAUAAGCUCUUUGCCUAUUACACAGCAGUUAAGCAUCUCAUUUUUGUCUCUGUCACCAGGGUGUCUCUUUGAUGCAUGUGUUCCGCACACGACACAUACUGAGUUUCCGCUUUCGCUGCUCCCCCCCUCCCCCCGCUACUGCUUUUAGUGUUUUGGCUGUGUUUACCCGUUUAAAAAAUAAGAAUGAAAAAUGCAUUGACACUGUUGCUUAACACAGCACUAUUGAUUUAUUAGCAGCAGGUUUUCCUUUCUGCAGAAAAGGUGCUUGUUGAGUUCCUGCAUCCCUGCGCCUCAAUACCAAAAAUAUAUAUAUGCGGGAGUACCAGCAAAGAUUGUGUGCCAGUCUUUUAUAAUCUGGCUAAAGGGAAUUUACAGAGUCAUUCCCUGCCCCCAUAAAAAAGAUAAAAGUGUACAAUAUAGGGUAGAAUAACCCAUUUAUUGGUUUGAACUCUACUCUCAAGUAGGAAAGAAAGGAGAGGGUUGCUGGACUCUCUAACACACCCACACUGAACCUCUGUUAUAAGUUGUCAGUCACACGACUGCAAAUUUAUGUUGCGAUUUUAUAUUGAGUUCCUUAGGAAAAGAGGCUUCUGGCUUUAAAGUGUGUGUAAGCAGUAGGUUUAGGGAUGCGGGUGGCGCUGUGGGUUAAACCACGGAGCCUAGAACUUGCCUAUCAGAAGGUUGGUGGUUCGAAUCCCCGCAAUGGGGUGAGCUCCCAUUGCUCCGUCCCUGCUCCUGCCAACCUAGCAGUUCGAAAGCACGUUAAAGUGCAAGUAGAUAAAUAGGUACCGCUCCGGCGGGAAGGUAAACAGCGUUUCCGUGCGCUGCUCUGGUUCGCCAGAGCGGCUUAGUCAUGCUGGCCACAUGACCCGGAAGCUGUACGCCGGCUCCCUCGGCCAAUAAAGUGAGAUGAGCACCGCAACCCCAGAGUCGGCCACGACUGGACCUAAUGGUCAGGGGUCCCUUUACCUUUACCUAAGCAGUAGGUUUAUCUGCAGCAAAAACAGUACAUGGGACUGCCAAACUUGUCGUCUGUCCUCUUGUAGCUUUUCUUUAUCUUUUUAAGGAAGAGAUGCCAAACCGGGGAGCUCAGGGAGCCUUCUAUUAUUAUUAUUAUUUGUCUCCAGUCAACACCAAUUGACUUCAUGAACUGACCCUCACUCAGUUAUGCCUCUCCCACUCUGGAUUCUGCUCUGAGAGGCGAGGCUCUUGGGAUCUGAGCUGUAUCUACGGGGCUGCAAAUGACAAAAGCUUUCGCAUCACCCGACUCCCGACUCCUCAAUAAACGACAAAGCGGUGGAGGCAGCCGCGCAGCAGCAAACACCUUAUUGGAAGCAGAGCCCUGCUUUUCAGCAUUGCAGUCUGUGAUUCCAUUACAGUUUGAUGGGCUGGAUGCAGUUAUGCAUCAAACCGUGGGCAGAGGAGGCUUGUUUGGUUUAAUACGAACGGAGAGACUUUGUAGCUGCAAAAAGGAGAGCAGACUGACUACUCCUUCGAGCCUUGUGUAUAUUAUCUCCCUAUUUCUACUGAAAUAGCUGUUGGCCUACACAAGGAUUCUUAGCUGCCCCCCCCGCCCCAUUGGACUAUAACCAACAGACGUAAUAAUUCCACGCCUUAUGUGUCUCAUAGGGACACGGGUGGUGCUGUGGGUUAAACCACAAAGCUUAGGACUUGCUGAUCAGAAGGUCAGCGGUUUGAAUCCCCGUGAUGGGGUGAGCUCCUGUUGCUCCAUCCCAGCUCCUGCUAACCUAGCAGUUCAAAAGCACGUCAAAGUGCAAGUAGAUAAAUAGGUACCGCUCCGGCGGGAAGGUAAACGGCGUUUCCGUGUGCUGCUCUGGCUCGCCAGAAGCGGCUUAGUCAUGCUGGCCACAUGACCCGGAAGCUGUACGCCGGCUCCCUCGGCCAAUAAAGCGAGAUGAGCACCGCAACCCCAGAGUCUGCUACGACUGGACCUAAUGGUCAGGGGUCCCUUUACCUUUUAUGUGUCUCAUAUGUGUCAUUGAGCACAUUAGAGCUCUCUAACCCGUACUUGCUUGCUGCCUUUGGGAAUGACUUGUCUGUUGCCUAGUCCUUCCAAGCGUGGCACAGUGGGUUGGUGCAUCUGGCUGUUAACCAAAAGGUUGGUGGUUCGAGCCCACCCAGGGAUGACUGUGAGCAGGAUUCCUGUAUUUCAGGGGGCUGGACUAGAUGAUCCUUGGGGUCUCUUCGAACUCUACAAUUCCAUGAUUCUAUGACUCUGUGGAAUAGUGGACCCUGGUCCUAACCCUGAUCUAUGUAGGCUACUGCCUUCACUUCCUGCUCUUUGAAAUUUGGGAGCAGCUGGCUUUCCUGAACUUAUUUCAGAGUGCAAGAGAGAUUGAUAAGCCUGUUAAGUCUCCCCAGCAACUGUACGUUAAAUGCAAAGAUGAUUUAUAUUUAUCAAAUAAAACUCACUGGGAAAUGGAGAUGCAGUUUGCUUUUGAUCUGAUAUCAAAUGGGCAAGGAGAAGAAAUGCCAUUGGAUGGAGCUAUUUAUUAAUAUUUAUUUAUUCAAAAUAAUAAAGAAGGCAUUUGAAAAACACCUUCGGGACUGCUAGAAGGAUUGAUUAUUGCAAAUUUACUGCAUUUCAAACAGAAACCUCUUUAGAAGUGCUUUUAAGCCACAUCCGCUUCUCUCAUUUCCUAUGUAGAUCCCGUUGCCCCAAAAUCCAGUGUUCAAAUCUGGUUCUGUGUUUGAUAACACAAGCUGGAGGGUUGGUUGGGGGAAAUAGCUUGCAAAUGGGCCUUAAAUCUGGAAAGGACCCAUUCUUUUUUAAAAAUAUAUUUUUUAAAUUAACUUUUAUUUUGGAAAUUCUUUUAAACAACCCUCAAAACAUAUAUCUCAUAUUCCUUGACUUCCCAUCCACCCUUCCAGGGUGUUCUUUUCUUAGCUUAUAAAGCCGCUAUACUACUUAUAUGUUACCCAUUAUGUACAUUAAUUCUAAAUGAUUGAACUACCAAUUCUCAUUGGCUGCUCAAAUCCUGCAUACGUUUUAACAUAACCACGAUAUCCCCACCCCCCAAUAUUCCACAAAAUAGUUCCAUCCUUCAAUGGACGUUUUCUUCAUCCUGUUCUUUGAUUCUCACAGGUAAUCUAGCCAUCUACGCAUAUUCCAUCAUCUUCAUAAUCCGAUCUGGAAACGACUCAUUCUAAACUAUAUGGGUAGCGAUGUACUAGCCUUGAGAACGGUGGUUUCCUUGUUGCUGACAUAUGAAGAGCUAUAGAAUUAAGUAAUUGGUUUUUCUACAGAAAUGAACAGCCGCAUUGGAAUGUGAUGUGUACAGUUUGAAUGGCAAAAGAAACAAACCCUGAAGCUCAUUUGUACCAGACAAGCCCCUUCUUCUCCUGGUUCCCAGCCCAAUUCUAGUUCUGAUCUUUAUUUCCUGAUUUUGAUCCUAGACUUAAAUAAAAUAGACUGUUCCUGGUGUUACAGGAAUUUUUAUAAUGAUUGGGGAGGGGGUUGCCGUUUGUUCACACACACAAUGUCUCCUCAAAGCACCACAUAACACACGAUGGAAAUGGCUACCAAGGGGAAAGCUUGGGACAUGAGUGAGGGCCGCCAUAAUCCCUAAAGCAUGAGCUCAGGUACUCAGCAGUCCCUCUGCCUGAGUGAUAAUCUCUGGCAAUCCUGAGUGCCAGACAGGUAGCCAUUCCAGAAACAAUAGCAAACCCAGAUCAAGACAAAAGGAUGUGAUUAACUUGGCUGGGAAACAGGGACAUGUAAAUAUUUCAUUUGUAUCACUUGAGGGGUGUAUGGUGGAGGUCAAGGGAAGGUUGGAGGGCAAGCCCUGAUGCUCAGGUUUCUGUCACCAGACCCUCCCAGCAUGUGAUGUGUUUGUGAUAUAUGGGGUGUUGUGGGUAUCUUUGCGGGCACACGUGCUAAACCCUGUCUGUGGUGCCUACCCCUUCCCCGCCAAAGAAUGAGACAAGAGACCAGAGUAUGGGUUCAAAUUGGCCACAACUUUAUUGAGCUUCAGAAGUGGGAAACUUGGCACAGGCCUUGGCAGGUAACCCUCUCAGCCCGUCUGGCUGAGGAUAUGCAGGCUGAUGAGGUCCAGUGAGAGGGGACUGCAAAGCACAAACUUACAUAGCAUGCCCUUCCACUAACCUCAGCCCGGGAGUUCGACCUACAUGCCGCUGCUCUAGGGCCAGGGACUCCCGAUUUUUUGUCCUUUAACAGGCCCUGCAAGCGCCCCCGCAUGGGGAGGGAGCAUGAAUGCACCCCCCCCAGCUUGAUGAUAGACUAAAGGAUACCUUGCCAUGGCCUAAAACCGCCAAAUUUGUGACGAAAUGCUACGGGGAAGGCGAAACCUGCCAAUGCAGGGAAAAUUCCUUCUGGUUCUGAAUACAGCAACCAUCUUACGGCCGCAGCAGUGCCUGCUGACCUGGAAUGCAAAACAUUAAUCUAUAAGGAAAAGGUAUCAUUAACUUGAUGACCGCUGACCUAGGAUGAAAUUAUUUGGAUGCAAGGAAUUAUUAAUUUGAGGGAGGGUGGGUGAUCCUGGAAGGAAGGAAAACCAAGUGGGGCUUGGACAAAGGGGUCAGCCUCUUUUCUUUGACCUUAGCCCCACCCCCGGCCGGCUGUCCAUUGUUCUCCCUGGCUGAGGGUGGGUCAAAGGCCAACCCAAGCAGGUGGGAGGCACCUGUCCAGGUGAGCCCCCGCUCGGUGCCGCAAACCCUGCCCACCUGUAGGGAAGGGAGGGCGGAAAUUGUAAAACUGAUAAAAGUGGGAGCCAUCCUUUGUUCUGGGCUUCUUCCUGCUUCUCCCAUGUGUUAGGUGGAAGUCCUGUUGGAAUAAAGACCAGGCCUACUGGCUGCUGCUUUGCUCCUAUAUUCCUGGCUGGUGCCUUUGUUUGGUAAUCCAAGUGAGCCCAAGGAUUUUCCUGUAACACUGGAAUAUAGUACAGUUGCAAGAUUAUACAACCAAGCUGUUCCCCAACAAACUGCUCCUUGCACUUAACUUCUCAAAUGUAGCUUUUCACUCUUCUAAGGUCCUUAUUUUCCCUCCUCUUCCAGCUAACUGCUCUAUCAAUACCCUGCUCAUGUUCUCUCUGCUUUCUCCAUCUGCUAGUCUUGUCGGGCUCCUGGAGGAGACUCCCUGGAUUUGACCUUUCCUGGCUUGCUUGAUCCUCUGUUCCCAGUAUUGAUGCAAUUUGGGUCCCUGGCUUGAUGCAUCUCUCUCCAGUCUUGACCUCUUGGCAAGUUCUUUUGACACUGCCUUGGAUUUCACCAGCUAUCAGUAUUAAUGUUGCUCACUUAUGUCCUGAACUUUUUAUUCUGCAAAGCGCUGGCCAUUCCUUGGGCACUUCAAAGACCUGUUUAGUAUAAAUAACUGGAGUUUUUAGGUCUUGAAUGGUCUUCUGUAACAAAACGUGUCACAACCCUGUCUGAAUGAGCAUGCCUAUAGGGAAGUCCAGGUGCACAUGUUCAUCCUUUAGCAAUUCUCAAUGGUUGCUGGGAGCGGGAUUUCUGUUUUGUGUGUGGAGGUCCCCAAGCCACCCCUCAAAUAAUUCACAAAUCACACGUAAUUUUAGUUUAAGGUUUUGGCACUAUUUUGGCCACAACUUUUAUUAAAAUACAAAAUCUGUGAGUGGUUGCUUAGACAUUGGUUAUGAUUAUCUGUCCCCCCGCCUGGGACAGAACUGACUUUCCAACUCCAUCGGAAGCCAGUGAAGGGUAAACAAUGUUGGGGAUCAGUUGAGCUGAGCGACAGUCCCUCACCGCUCACCCAACCAGCUCCCCAAGGCUUGCCGGCCCUGGUCCCAUUUCAGGGAUUGGAUGAAAUCGUGGCAAGCCCCAGGAUUCCUUUAACGGAAUUCCCUUCCAGCACCAUUGGAGGGGCAGGCACAGCCUAUCCUGACCCCUCCACCACCAAUUUUUAUAACCAAUGCCUAACCGCAACCUUACAAGUUGUGAUGAAUUGCUAAGUAGUAGGCAAAAACCAAAUGGCACCAGCCAAUCAGCCAAAUGGACAAAAUUCCUACUAAGUCCCUGCCCCAACGGCAGACGACCCCAUGACAGGCAUAUCAAGGUCAACCGGAACACAGGGCGGGCGGGUGAUCCGAUGCACUCUGCGAAAGAGAAAGCAAAAGCCAGUGUGCCCCAAUAUUUAAAGCCUAUGGUCCCACCCACCCAAUUUGCUACAUGCAAUUUGCCCCAGUAACCCGGUCAGCCAAUCGUUGUGCCAGGCAAUAACCAUUAACCUGUCAGGCAACAGAGGGCUGGCCCGGCGGCCCCCACCGCAACCUGUGCUCUCAUUUUAGGGAGAACACGCUUUGUCAUAAUCAACUAGGCCUCAGUUCUCAACUGCUUUACCUCUCUGUGAAAUAUAGUAUGCUGCAGCUUUCCCUUAGUUUUUGCAUCAUUGCUUUUUCCUCAUGGCAGUGUGCUGAAUACUUAUGCUUACAGUGCAGUUCAUUAACUAUUGUCAAGCAAAGUAACAUCAAUGAAGUUUAAAAAGCAGAGUGAUAUUGAUUCUGUAUGGCUCAAGUAAGUGUGAGGUUUACCCAGCAUGCACAAUAAAUUCACUCCUGCCAAUUCUGAUGUACAGCAAACAUAGCUAAAAAGUGGGUGACUCAAAAGUGUGUUUAAUAAUAAUAAUAAUAAUAGGAAUAGGGGAAAAGCAGGGAGGUUAUUUCGCUGUCAGCAUGCUACUCUUAGGUGAAUAUUUAGUGAACUGCAUGAUGAGAUGAAUGAGAAAACCAGACUUCUCCUCGCUCCUGCUUGUAUGGAUAAAAAAUGUUGAUUGUCGCCAGCUUAAUCAAGCAGUUUCCUUCAACAUAAAAGCUUGAGUCUUGCUGCUAAGUUCUCUUCAACUCCUGGACACACCAAAUCGCUUCCUCAGGAAAUCAUGUUUGCAUAUGAUAGAGCAAGUUCACCAAACCUUGCUCGCAGACAGGAAAACUGAGCAGAGUGGCAAACAAUUAAAACUCAUCUUAAAAAGCAUUAUUUCCUUAGGUGAGCGUAUAUAAUGGCACUAUUUUUUUGAGGAGGGGAAAAAAACAUUUUACAUAUGGUAGUGCCUUAGUAUUUUCUCCAUUAUUGUGUUCCAGCUGGAGAUUUGGAUUUGUUUUCUAAAUCACUUUGGCCUCAAGAAUUGUGCUGUUCUCUCCUAUAACAGGUUGGCCACUUCAAGAAAAUUCCAGCUCAGUUAUCCAGUGAUUUGUACUGGUGAGAAAUGUGCUUGUAAAGUGGCUUAUUUUAAAUGAGUUUUCUUUUUCAACCAUCUCUUUUAGGGCUGGUAUUUAUGGAGAGAAUACCAAAAGUGGAUGUCAGAUUAGAAGGAACACAGUGGGCUUUUCUCUGUUCUGUUCGUAAAGCUAUUGACCAAGUGAAGGAAAGAACUAUACGGAGAACAAAAUGUACCCUCCCAUUAUUUAUUUUUUAAAGUAAUGUUCUAAAAGGUAUAAAAUCACAUUUAAACAAAAAAGAGGAGGGCAACGAUAUAAAAAUUCAGUUCAAAAUAUUAGCAAAGCAGAUGAGGAAAAAACUAACCUUUGCACCAUUGUUGAUGUAACAACAACAACAACAACAAACAACAACAACCACCAUUCAUUCAUUCAUUCAUUCAUUCAUACCCUGCCCAUCUGGUUGGGUUUCCCCAGCCCCUCUGGGUAGCUCCCAACAGAAUUAAUGAUGAUGAUGAUGAUAAUAAUAAUUAAUAAUAAUGAUAAAACAUCAUACAUUAAAAACUUCCCUAAACAGGGCUGCCUUCAGAUGUCUUCUAAAAGUCAGAUAGUUGUUUAUUUCCUUGACAUCUGAUGGGAGGGUGUUCCACAGGGCUGGCGCCACUAUCGAGAAGGCCCCUCUGUCUCUUAAAAGCUUGGGCAAAUAAACCUGUUUCUACCUGGUGCCAGAAUUAACAUAAAAUUUCACAUUAGAUGACCCUCUGUCAUGGGAGGGCAUUCCAAAGAUGUGGUUAUGACUCUAGUUACCACCCAUCUCUCUUCAGAUGGUGGGGGAUUCAGAUGAUGCAAGCAGUGUUUGGCAAGCAAAUGAUUCAGUUCAGCGCUGCCAGAGCAUUCAGUAGGGCUGAGAAAACUAUAUCCCUACAGAUAUUGCUCAGAUGCAACCCUGAUCCCCCCAACCAUUGGCACUGCCGGUCGAGACUGAUGGGAGUUGGAUCCAAACAACAACCCCCCCCUCAAAUGUCUAAAAUAAGCCUCCUUUCUUGUUGUUGUUUCGUGUGUUGAUUGCCAUUCCUUCUACACAGGGGAAUAAAUUAUUUCGUGUUUGUAUACCGCUGAGAUACUGUUAGCAGUUGGAGCCACAGGAAAAUCUAAACAAGGGCAGUCAUUUUCUUUGCAAAGAGUACUUGAAGAAAGCAAACAGUUAACCUCUCAGAGUUGAAAGCAGCAGCAAAGCUUUUGUCGGUUUCAAAAUAAAUGAAACCCAAGCUCCAGCUCCAAACUCAUUUGUGGAAGUGUUGGCAACAUUUUAAUUUACAGCAUUUUCCUCCUGCUGUUAAUUUGAAAAGUUCCAAACAGACGCAUCCUGUUUAUAUUUUAGUGCGGGUGAUUCUGGCAAUUAAUUUCUCUGUUGAGAACGCAUGGCACCUUCCCUCCUCGAUGUUUCUCCCCCUCCCCUCGCUACCACUGCCUUAGGGCAACAGACGCUGUCAUAAAUCAUACAUAGUCUGUAAUGGUUCCUAAGGAUGCUUAAUGCGUUUGGGGAGUUUGCGUAAUGAAACUUCCUUGGUAUAGGUGAAGCAUCCUAAUAGGUUGCCUAGCUUGAAAGCUUGAUAUUAACCUUGUAGAAUGAUGAUAUCUACGAAUGCAUAGGCUUGUUCGCGGUUUGCAACUUCAGAACUCGUCGUGAUUAUGUUAGCAACCAAUGUUAUGUACGGAAAAGACAUAGCGUGGUGGGUAGCCUUCGAAGCUCAGGGAUAAUAUAAGCUUUUGAGCUUUUUCUCUCCCCCCCCCCCAAAAAAAAAGAGAGAGAGAGAAAGUUUAAUUCUUAGUUUAAGCACUUCACUAUCUAGGCUGGUAUUGGUAUAUUGGUUCUGGAACUAAAAGUAUUGGAAUUGAUGGGGAGAAAAAUUCAGCGGAGAAGGGUCAGAUCACAGAUUAUUAGGAUCAAUGUGCAUGACUGACCAUUCUGCUGAUAGAAAUGGAGCAGCCAAGUUUUCUUUUAAGGUGAUUUCUCCAGGGCUAUCCAGUGAUUCUGAGUCGGGCGUGAUUUUACUUGUACUGUGAAUAUAUUACUCAUCUCAGCUGUAAGGCUCACAGUCGGCAUCGUGUAUGUGUGUUGUGCUGGUGUUAUUAAAGGGAAAUCUAUCCAGUUCAAUUGGAUAUAAUCUAAUUAAUGGCAAAAGCCCACUGGAUGGUUUCAUGUCCCAAGAGAAAAGGUCUCUUCAGUUGCAGGCUGGCCCUCAGAAAGGCCUGAACAUAGCUGUCAACUUACAGAUUUGAAAAUAAGGGACCGGCUGCCUCGAAAAUAAGGGACCAGCAGCCAAAAUAAGGGAUUUUCCAGGCACAGGUAUGUUCAACUUCUGAGCCCCCCGAGCCAAAGGCAGAAAGCCCAGCCAGCAGCCAAAUGAAGCCUCAUCAAUAAGGGACAGCAGUGGGACAUGACACUGGGAUAAGGGACUGUCCCGCCAAAUAAGGGACGCUUGACAGCUAUGGGCCUGAACCGUCUUGACUUGGUGUUCUGAUAGAAAAAUUAGAAGGGCACUGAUUGGUCAGACCAAGGACCCGUUUAGUCUAGCAUCCUGCAUCCUCCUGCAGCAGAGGUGCUCUCUGGCUUUUGCUAAGAACAGGCCCAGUUUGUUAUGAAAACUGCUUACUUUAGGAUAACGCAGUUGAGGCCUGGAGCCUCUAUAGUAAGUACAGCUAGCCAUUUCAGCAACAGCACUUGCCACCCUAGUUCUCUCCACAAUGCUCCUGGGAAGUAGGCAGGCUCUCUUCCAAAUAUCAGCACUCCACAGAACUGUUUUGAACGCAGCUUGCCAUAUCCGUGGCGGCCAGCCAUGCAAUUCUAGGAAGCCCACAAGCGGGACGUCCUCCAGAGGGCCUGGUUUUAAACAAAGAGCCCCUUCAGAUGGUAAAACUGUUCCACUUGCCAGGUGUGGGGAGGUCACAUCUGUGGAUGCCAAGAAACCUCCUCUCUCUUUUUCUAUGCAUAAAGAGUUUUGUUUGUGGGAACUUUCUGAUAUCCACUCGCCCAGAAGCCCUGUGAAGUUGUAAAUCCAUAAAAAAUCCAUUUUUUUGUGCAUAUUAGACCUCAGUCGGGGAUAAUCAUGGUGUACCUGGGACAAUUUAAAAAAUAAAUAAAUCUCUAAGCCAUGCUCAGAACUGGCAGACCGUGGUUAAUUGUUUGUGAACCAGGUUUCCCCUUAAUAUUGCACAAAAGCUUCCCUGCCUUCCUGACUCGAGAGGUGAUCUUUGCUUAACACAGGUGACCAAAUAAGUGGCUUCUUUGCCAGCUGGCCUGCAUGCCAAAGCUAAGUUUGAAUCAGGAUAUGCUGGAGGAUGCUUGUGCAGAUACCAGACCCCUGUUGUAAUGUUGUUCUCUCGUCAAGAAGCAUCUUGCUCUGCCUGAAGCUUAUGGAGAGGUGAAAAUGGCAGCCGGCCAUAGAACUUUUCAGUGAUGAACUUUAAAGUGUUAUUUACUGUUCAGUGUCUAAUCCUAUCACACACAGAGAGCGGAGGAGAAGCGUUUGUACUGGGACAGAGUAGUCUAUUCAACAUGUAUUCACCUUAUAAAACAGACUGAAUCAAAUUCUUCUCUCAGUCUUGUGUAUGGAAAGCAGAUUCUAUAGUGUGUUUCUUAGGGACGCAAAUGGCACUGUGGUCUAAACAAUGGAGCCUCUUGGGCUUUCUGAUUGUAAGGUCAGCUGUUCGAAUCCCCAUGACGGGGUGAGCUCCUGUUGCUUUGUCUCAGCUCCUGCCAACCUAGCGGUGUGAAAGCAUACCAGCAUGAGUAGAUAAAUAGGUACCACUGCAGUGGGAAGGUAAACAGCAUUUCCAUGCGCUCUGGCUUCCAUCACAGUGUCCCGUUGAGCCAGAAGCUGUUCAGUCAUGGUGGCCACAUGACCCAGAAAGCUGUCUGUGGACAAACGCCAGUUCCCUCGGCCUGAAAGCAGAGGUGAGCAUCGCACCUCAUAGUCAAAUUUGACUGGACUUAACUGUCCAGGGAUCCUUUCCUUUACUUACUCUUAGGUUCAAGAGGGGAAAAAACCGCUUUGAACCAAGUUCUAGCAUAUUCAUCCAUUAGCUUUGCUGUGCUGUGCUGCAGAAAGCGUAGUCUUAGCUGUUUUCUCUAUGUUCUGUUUUUUGUCAUCUUUAAAUAUUGGUGUCUCUGUUUUUCUCAGCUCUCAUUUAUUGGAGCCAUGUUAGCAAUGAGCAUGAGCAUCAAAGAGCAGGGAGGGAAAAUCUGUGUCAGGCAAGCGAUUUCCCCCUCUCCACUCCCUUCUGCUGCUAAUGCAUCUCUUUCUAUCGCUUGGUGUCUUCUGCCCAUGGUUUUUCAUACUCGGUUAGCUUUUAUUAACAUUAGUAGAUAUAGCUCAGCCCUGCAGAGCUUUCAGCUGCUAUCAGAUCUGCACUAGCCAAGGAUAUUAAUCAUGAUUCUGGUUGUCUCUGUCUUUUUGGUCUCACUUGAGUGUUGCUGCCUCCCAGCCCUCACCCCUCCCCUCUCACUGUCCUUUAAAGAGUCCUAAGGAUACCCCUGGCAGUCUUCUUUAGCUCUGGGUCUUCUCUGUCAGCAACAUUUUCUUGGCUGUCAUCAGAUAAUCCAGAGUACUAAUGAUAAAACAAUGUUUUUGACUGCUGCUGAAGUCAGCUGUGCCCUCAUAUGAGACCUGGCUGGCUUUCUAAAGUGUUGCGGAAACUUUGUGGUUGGAGAGAGAGGUAUAAUCGUCACCUCAUCUUUGGAGAAGCUCUUUGCCUUGUCACUCAGGUUUUUUGCUUGUUCCUUUGGCCUUUUUAUGUGUUAACUAAGAAAUAUAUGGAGCAGCAGCUUUUCUUCCAUUGAACCAAAUGCCUAUAGUAAGUGUGUCACCAAAUGCCAGUAAGGGAGAACAUUGGGAAGUCCACUUUUCACAUUAGAGCCCAGGGCGAAUGAACUCGUGAAGGAGGUUAGGAUUUGACAUUCCAGCUCCACUCUCAACUUCUGUGUACAGUGGUAACUUGGGUUAAGUACUUAAUUCGUUCCGGAGGUCCGUUCUUAACCUGAAGCACCACUUUAGCUAAUGGGGCCUCCUGCUGCCGCCGCGCCGCCAAAGCACGAUUUCUGUUCUUAUCCUGAAGCAAAGUUCUUAACCUGAGGUGAUAUGUCUGGGUUAGCGGAGUGUGUAACCUGAAGCCUAUGUAACCUGAAGCAUAUGUAACCUGAGGUACCACUGUACUCUUCUGAACCUGCUGUACACAGAGCCUAGGCCAGGGGCUGGCAACCUAAGGCCCAUGGGCACAAGCAGCCCAUGGGGGUCAUUUAAGUGGCCCAUGGACCCCCACCGCCUGCUCUGUCAGCUCCCGUGCGCCGCGCUAAACUGGCACAGAGCAGAGAGGGGACCGCCAUCCACAACGCUGACCAGCUUCCCAUUGGCUACAGGAAGCUCCUGCAGCCAAUGGGAAGCUGCGCACGCCUCCUCCGCGCCAGAAGGAAUGCUGGAAAUAGUGUUUGCACAUGCGUGUACGUGCGCACACACUCCGGCCCACCGCGGCGUCUGCGGGACUGUGAACUGGCCCAAGCCACAAAAACAUUGCCAACCCCUGGCCUAGGCAGAUUGCUCUGUCGCUACCAUCUAGAUCAGGCUUAGGCAAACUCUGCCCUCCAGAUGUUUUGAGACUACAAUUCCCAUCAUCCCUGACCACUGGUCCUGUUAGCUAGGGAUGAUGGGAGUUGUAGUCCGAAAACAUCUGGAGAGCCGAAUUUGCCUAUGCCUGAUCUAGAUCCUGGGUUUUUCCGAAUACCAUACUGUGUGAACAUAGCUGAAAUCUGUUGGUUUGCCCUGGUUUCUUGCCUGAAUAGGUCUAAAGCGUUGGACUGGGGAGGCAGGUUCAGAUCAACCACUAGCCACUAUUUUUCAGUCUAAACCAACUCAUGGAAUUGUUAGUGUUCUAACAUAUAUGUGUGUGUAGGCGAUGGAGACCUUAUAUAAUGGUUGGAGCUCCAUGGAGGAAGGGCAGAAUAAUAAUAAAAAGUUGUCUGUUAACUUUGGUAUUAUGUCAAGAGAGACUUACUGGAUCAGAACAAAUGUCCGUCUAGUUCCCAGUCUUGCUUUGUGCAGUGGCGAAAUAAGUGCCUCCAUGGAAUAACACUUGUAGUUUAAUGGUGAAUUUGGGAUAUAAUGGAGAUGUAAAAGAUUUGGUUUAUUAUCAAAGAUGCAGGAGGAAAUGACUAACAAUAGGACCCACAAAGGGGAGGAGAUUCUUUGGAAUCUUGUUUUUAUGAUGUAUGUUGGAUAUGUGAUUGCAAACUUUAAUUUGAAAACCAAAUAAAUAAAUUUUUAUGUAUAUAAAAGAAAGAAAUGCCUCCAAGCCUUCUGUAUGAAAAUGCUCCUAUGGGGAGUGCCAUCAGGCAGGGCAUGAAGACAUUCCAAGCCCACUGAGGGGUGGUGUUUAUUAUUACCUACAGUGGUACCUCCCAAGACGAAUGCCUCGCAAGAUGGAAAACUCGCAAAACGAAAGGGUUUUUGGUUUUUUGAGUUGCUUCGCAAGACGAUUUUCCCUAUGGGCUUGCUUCGCAAGAUGGAAACGUCUUGCAAGUUUGUUUCCUUUUUCUUAAAACCGUUAAUACAGUUGCAACUUGACUUCGAGGAGCAACUCAUAGCAUGCGGUGUGGUAGCCUUUUUUGAGGUUUUUGAAGACUUUGGUGAUUUUUGAAGCUUUUCCAAAACUUUUCCGAUACCGUGCUUCGCAAGACGAAAAAAACCGCAAGACGAAAAAACUCGCGGAACGAAUUAAUUUCGUCUUGCGAGGCACCACUGUAUCUGCAAAAUUGCUUUCUGGUUCAUUACGUAACAGCGUUAGAAGAUGUGUUGUGGGGCUCAGUUAUUUUGAGGAAACCCAGAGAAGAGAGUUAAUGGUUUGUAUGUGGUAGCGAUAAUGUUUCAAAGUGUUCCACGGAUUAUUGUACUCAGGAAAGCAGCAAUGAGGGGUGCUGUGUAAGGAAGCACUUUGCUUUGUAAAAGUUGCAUGUCUUGGUUGAAAGUUUUAUAAUAAUAAUAAUAAUAAUAAUAAUAUUAACAACAACAGCAACAAUAAUCUAUUGUUUGUACCCCGUCCAUCUGGCUGUGUUUUCGCAACCCUCUCUGGGUGCCUUCCAACAAAGAUUAAAAAUACAUUAAAAUGUCACACAUUAAAAACUUCCCUGAACAGAUGUCUUCUAAAUGUCAGGUAGUUGUUUAUCUCUUUGACAUCUGAUGGGAGGGCAUUCCACAGGAUGGGUGCCACUACCGAGAAGACCCUCUGCCUGGUUCCCUGUAGCUUUGCUUCUCGCAGUGAGGGAACCGCCAGAAGGCCCUCGGCGUUGGACCUCAGCGUCCGGGCAGAACGAUGGGGGUGGAGAUGCUCCUUUAGGUAUAGUGGGUCGAGGCCAUUUUGUUACAAUCGUGUGCGCAUAGCUUUUAUAAAGUUUGCAAACAUUACAGACUUAAAUCCGGGGAUGGCUAACUUUCAUCCUCGGCCACUCCUCCAGGACCCACCUACCAGCUGUGUGUGUGGCCAUGCCACAAUCUUGCAGGCACACACAAACAUCCCCCAUAGCUCAUUUCUGCAGAUCAGCAAUUGUGGGGGGGGGGACAUUAAAUCUCUCUGCAGUGCUGUCCUAUUUAGUUUUUUCUACUUCUUGCCACUGCCACCGAAAUAAUAAUCAAUUAUUGGAAUUUUAAAAAUUGUGCAUAGCCAUUAUAUUGCUGCUGGCUUGUUAAUGUUUCUGGAUUCUUUUAUGUGCUGUGACUUAUGAGCACUUAAGGUGCAUGUUCCAUGUAGAUUUUGUUAGGUAAAGUAAGUGUAAAGGACCCCUGGACUGUUAAGUCCAGUCAAAGGCAACCAUGAGCAUGUGGCACUCAUCUCCCUGUCAGGCCGAGAGAGCCGGCGUUUGUCCACAGACAGCUUUCUGGGUCAUGUGGCCAGCAUGACUAAAUUGCUUUUGGCACAACGGAACACCGUGACGGAAACCAGAGCACACGGAAAUGCCGUUUACCUUCCCCCCACAGUGGUACCUAUUUAUCUACUUGCACUGGUGUGCUUUCGAACUGCUAGGUUGGCAGAAGCUGGGACAGAGUAAUGGAAGCUCACUCCGUUGCGGGGAUUCGAACCUCCGACCUUCUGAUUGGCAAGUCCAAGAGGCUCAGUGGUUUAGACCACAGCGCCACCUGCGCCCCUAUGAUUUUAUUAACACAUUAAGUGCAUGAUUAUUCCAGGCUCACCGAAUAGUGAGGAGUUACUCCUUUACUGCCUCCAGCUUCACUUCGUUGCAUUUACUUUCGUACCGUCCACUCUGCCUAUAUAUAAUGUUUAGAUCCAUCCUGUAUUACCAUUUUGUUAGUUACACUGCUCGCAAUUUAUGCCACUGCUUGUCUUAAUACUUCACUACUUUCUCAACACACAUUUUCCUUCUUAAUAACUUUUAAUGUAAUUAGCCAUGCGGCAGAUUAAAGCCAAGCAAGAGAGAUGAUAACCCUACGAGCAAAACUCCAGGACUGGACAGAGAGAAAAUGAGGUCGAUCCUGAUGACACUUCAAAGUUCAAUUGUGCCAGAGGUUUUAAAACACAGGGAGAUAGGAAAGCCAGCAUGGUUAAAAAAAUUAUUUGCGGAAGUUCAGCCGUUGACCUUCUCCUUUAUAAAAAUAAUUGGGAGCAGAUCCUUGGUGUUCGUCUUAUCCAUUUUGUGACUGUGUUUUAGGGCAGCGUCCUCUAUUUCUUUUGCUUUGGAUUUUGCAUAUGUACUGCUGUGUUGUUUCAGCCUGCAGUGGAUGCAAUGUAAUGUUUGGGGAUGGUAGAGCUACCUGGUCCUAAACCUUAGAAUGUUCCUGGGAAAGUUGCUUUAUCAGGCCCCAUUCAGACUUACUGUGAAUGGUGCAGAACCGAUUCCUGAUUAUCCUUCCCCUGCUGCUUCAGUUGGUAUGAGACUAUGAGAGCUCUACGGAUUGGAAACAGUUGUGGCACUCUUCCACCUGGUUGCUAUUCUGCCCAGAAAGGAAUGCAAUGGUCAGGGAAACAGAAAUUGUGUGUUUGAUCCUAUUCGCAAAGUUUUGUAGUAACAUUUUUCCUUGGAGCCACAGAAGAAGCCAUCAGUAGGGAAGUGGCUCUGGAGCGCUAGCCUUAAGUGUCAACAGAGCUCUUAAGUGUCAUUGUCCAAGCAUUACUGUCAUGGAGACAGGUACUUCAUAAACCAUGUGCUUACUGUAUAGAUUAAACACUGCAAUAUAUAUACAUACUUUAUAUGUGUUCCUGGUCACUCGCAACUGCCUAACCUGUUCCUAAAAGUGAGCUCCAACAUUUAAAGGUUUGCAGAGGCUUUUCCACUGAAUUUGAACCAGAGGAUGAUUGCAAUGAUAUAUGCAAUGCUGUAAAUUUCAAUCAAGUUGGGAGGAAAAAUCUCUAGGUUUGUGUCCUCCCACAUUACCUUCAAAUUGGUCUUGGGUUAUUCACCAUUUGUUCAAAGCUUUUAUGAAGCGUUCACAUGAAGUCUGUUCACGAAGCAUGGAAAACGAGCAAACUGUCCUUUUGAUUCCUGCAUGAAAAUAGCCUUAUUAACCAAGUAAAAAUGUGGAAUUCAGACUAUUAGUCUGAAAUGCUUUCUUCAAAAAUCAUUAUAAUCAGCUAAAAAGGCUUAGGCUGUGUGUGUUUUUUGUUCAAUGUCCCUGGUAUAUGAGGCUAAAACCCAUGGUUUGGUAAUGUUUGUGCUUAGGGGAAUUUAUUAGCCAUAAGCAUUAUGCUUAAGAUGCUACGGUUUUGCAAUGUUCACUUAUCCUCUGCAUCAAUAAAAGGAUGUCUUUAGAUCCCUCACCCCCUUCAGUAUUCUAGUAGACCUUUAUGAUUAACUCUGUUCAUUUUAAAUUUCCCUCUCAGAUAUUGACGGACUCCCAGUCAGAUGCUUCGCUACGGACUCCUUGCCUCCUUUCGCCUGGUGGUAG